UCACACCCCCUGCCCCCUCAUGCCAUCCGCUCCCCCCCGCCCCUACCCUCCGCGUGCCCGCUCCCUUGCCGCCUCUUUUGACCCUCCCUGCCCCCCCUCGCCGUUUCCCACCGCCCGCCAUUCGCUCCUCCCCGCCCGUGCGCUCCCCUCCUUUACCUUCUCCUCUCCCCCCUCCCCUCCUCUGCUGCACGCCUCUUCCUUCCCCUCGCCGACCCACUCCACUCCUGCCCCUCCUCAAUCCGCACCCUGCCCCUCGUAUCUCGCCCCCCUAUGCUUGGUUUCUCCCCUCCCUGCCCAUCGCCGCCUUGCCCACGCUCCCCACCUCCCCCCUCUCCCUGCCCCCCCCCACUCUCCCCCCCCCCCUUGUCCUUGGCUUCCUACCUCCCUGCCUCACCUUUCCCCCCUCCGUGUGCUCAGCUUCUCCCCUCCCUGCCCCUCCCUCCUCCCCGCCCUGCCCCUCAUUUUCCGCCCCCCCCCCCCCCACGCCCGGUUUCUCCCCUCCCCGCGCCUCCCUUUCUUUCUCCGUGCCUCUCCUUUGCUCCCUCCCUGCCCCCGCCUGCCCAUGCCCCUGUCUUUGGCUUCUCCCCUCCCUGCCCCACGUUUCUUCCCUCCCUGCCCCCCGUCUGCCCCUCCCUUGUUUUCCCCUCACCCAUUGCUUCUCUCCUCCCUGCCCUUGAUUUCCCACACCCCUGCCCUCGUUUCCUAUCAUCCAUGCCCCUCGUUUCCCCCCUUUCCCCUGCCCGUUGCUGCCCCUCCCCUUGCCCCCUCAACUCCCCUGCCCCCCGUACACCCCAAGUCCCAUCCAACCGCCCCCACCCUCCCCCGGCUGCCCGUUUCCGCUCUCCACCCCCGCGACCGUGUGCGGCUUCCAACCGCCCAACGGUGGUGCGCACGGGGCUCACACCCCCUGCCCCCUCAUGCCAUCCGCUCCCCCCGCCCCUACCCUCCGCGUGCCCGCUCCCUUGCCGCCUCUUUUGACCCUCCCUGCCCCCCCCUCGCCGUUUCCCACCGCCCGCCAUUCGCUCCUCCCCGCCCGUGCGCUCCCCUCCUUUACCUUCUCCUCCCCCCUCCCCUCCUCUGCUGCACGCCUCUUCCUUCCCCUCGCCGACCCACUCCACUCCCUGCCCCUCCUCAAUCCGCACCCUGCCCCUCGUAUCUCGCCCCCCUAUGCUUGGUUUCUCCCCUCCCUGCCCCUCGCCGCCUUUCCCCGCUCCCCACCUCCCCCCUCUCCCUGCCCCCCCCACUCUCCCCCCCCCUUGUCCUUGGCUUCCUACCUCCCUGCCUCACCUUUCCCCCCUCCGUGUGCUCAGCUUCUCCCCUCCCUGCCCCUCCCUCCUCCCCGCCCUGCCCCCGCCUCCCUUUCUUUCUCCGUGCCUCUCCUUUGCUCCCUCCCUGCCCCCGCCUGCCCAUGCCCCUGUCUUUGGCUUCUCCCCUCCCUGCCCCACGUUUCUUCCCUCCCUGCCCCCCGUCUGCCCCUCCCUUGUUUUCCCCUCACCCAUUGCUUCUCUCCUCCCUGCCCUUGAUUUCCCACACCCCUGCCCUCGUUUCCUAUCAUCCAUGCCCCUCGUUUCCCCCCUUUGUACGUUCAGCCUCUUCCCUCCCUGCCCCUCCCUUCCUCCCCCCCUGCCCUUUGCUCUCCCCUCGUUACGCUCCCUUCUCCCCAUCCCUGCUGCCCUCUUACCACCAUCAGCCCAUCCCCACGACCAGCCCCCCUCCCACCCUUCAAUCCCCCCCUCCCUCUCUCUCUCUCUCUCUCUCUCUCUCUCUCUCUUUCUCACACACACCACACACACGCACACUCCCCUCCCCCACCCCCCCCACCUACAUCCUCCCAUUCUGCCCCUCCCUGCCCCUUUCCCACCCCCUCGCACGCCCCUCACCUCCCACCUCCGUGCAACUGGUUUCCCCCCUAUGGUGCCACCCUUGCAUCGCUCGCCCCUCUGCUCACCCUCUGCCCGCCCCUUUUCCGUGCCCUCAGUUGGCCCAGCCCCUGCCCGUUGCUGCCCCUCCCCUUGCCCCCUCAACUCCCCUGCCCCCCGUACACCCCAAGUCCCAUCCAACCGCCCCCACCCUCCCCCGGCUGCCCGUUUCCGCUCUCCACCCCCGCGACCGUGUGCGGCUUCCAACCGCCCAACGGUGUCACACCCCCUGCCCCCUCAUGCCAUCCGCUCCCCCCGCCCCUACCCUCCGCGUGCCCGCUCCCUUGCCGCCUCUUUUGACCCUCCCUGCCCCCCCUCGCCGUUUCCCACCGCCCGCCAUUCGCUCCUCCCCGCCCGUGCGCUCCCCUCCUUUACCUUCUCCUCCCCCCUCCCCUCCUCUGCUGCACGCCUCUUCCUUCCCCUCGCCGACCCACUCCACUCCCUGCCCCUCCUCAAUCCGCACCCUGCCCCUCGUAUCUCGCCCCCCUAUGCUUGGUUUCUCCCCUCCCUGCCCCUCGCCGCCUUUCCCCGCUCCCCACCUCCCCCCUCUCCCUGCCCCCCCCACUCUCCCCCCCCCUUGUCCUUGGCUUCCUACCUCCCUGCCUCACCUUUCCCCCCUCCGUGUGCUCAGCUUCUCCCCUCCCUGCCCCUCCCUCCUCCCCGCCCUGCCCCUCAUUUUCCGCCCCCCCCCCCCCCCACGCCCGGUUUCUCCCCUCCCCGCGCCUCCCUUUCUUUCUCCGUGCCUCUCCUUUGCUCCCUCCCUGCCCCCGCCUGCCCAUGCCCCUGUCUUUGGCUUCUCCCCUCCCUGCCCCACGUUUCUUCCCUCCCUGCCCCCCGUCUGCCCCUCCCUUGUUUUCCCCUCACCCAUUGCUUCUCUCCUCCCUGCCCUUGAUUUCCCACACCCCUGCCCUCGUUUCCUAUCAUCCAUGCCCCUCCCCCUGCCCGUUGCUGCCCCUCCCCUUGCCCCCUCAACUCCCCUGCCCCCCGUACACCCCAAGUCCCAUCCAACCGCCCCCACCCUCCCCCGGCUGCCCGUUUCCGCUCUCCACCCCCGCGACCGUGUGCGGCUUCCAACCGCCCAACGGUGUCACACCCCCUGCCCCCUCAUGCCAUCCGCUCCCCCCGCCCCUACCCUCCGCGUGCCCGCUCCCUUGCCGCCUCUUUUGACCCUCCCUGCCCCCCCUCGCCGUUUCCCACCGCCCGCCAUUCGCUCCUCCCCGCCCGUGCGCUCCCCUCCUUUACCUUCUCCUCCCCCCUCCCCUCCUCUGCUGCACGCCUCUUCCUUCCCCUCGCCGACCCACUCCACUCCCUGCCCCUCCUCAAUCCGCACCCUGCCCCUCGUAUCUCGCCCCCCUAUGCUUGCUUCUCCCCUCCCUGCCCCUCCCUCCUCCCCGCCCUGCCCCUCAUUUUCCGCCCCCCCCCCCCCACGCCCGGUUUCUCCCCUCCCCGCGCCUCCCUUUCUUUCUCCGUGCCUCUCCUUUGCUCCCUCCCUGCCCCCGCCUGCCCAUGCCCCUGUCUUUGGCUUCUCCCCUCCCUGCCCCACGUUUCUUCCCUCCCUGCCCCCCGUCUGCCCCUCCCUUGUUUUCCCCUCACCCAUUGCUUCUCUCCUCCCUGCCCUUGAUUUCCCACACCCCUGCCCUCGUUUCCUAUCAUCCAUGCCCCUCCCCCUGCCCGUUGCUGCCCCUCCCCUUGCCCCCUCAACUCCCCUGCCCCCCGUACACCCCAAGUCCCAUCCAACCGCCCCCACCCUCCCCCGGCUGCCCGUUUCCGCUCUCCACCCCCGCGACCGUGUGCGGCUUCCAACCGCCCAACGGUGGUGCGCACGGGGCUCACACCCCCUGCCCCCUCAUGCCAUCCGCUCCCCCCGCCCCUACCCUCCGCGUGCCCGCUCCCUUGCCGCCUCUUUUGACCCUCCCUGCCCCCCCUCGCCGUUUCCCACCGCCCGCCAUUCGCUCCUCCCCGCCCGUGCGCUCCCCUCCUUUACCUUCUCCUCCCCCCUCCCCUCCUCUGCUGCACGCCUCUUCCUUCCCCUCGCCGACCCACUCCACUCCCUGCCCCUCCUCAAUCCGCACCCUGCCCCUCGUAUCUCGCCCCCCUAUGCUUGGUUUCUCCCCUCCCUGCCCCUCGCCGCCUUUCCCCGCUCCCCACCUCCCCCCUCUCCCUGCCCCCCCCACUCUCCCCCCCCCCUUGUCCUUGGCUUCCUACCUCCCUGCCUCACCUUUCCCCCCUCCGUGUGCUCAGCUUCUCCCCUCCCUGCCCCUCCCUCCUCCCCGCCCUGCCCCUCAUUUUCCGCCCCCCCCCCCCCACGCCCGGUUUCUCCCCUCCCCGCGCCUCCCUUUCUUUCUCCGUGCCUCUCCUUUGCUCCCUCCCUGCCCCCGCCUGCCCAUGCCCCUGUCUUUGGCUUCUCCCCUCCCUGCCCCACGUUUCUUCCCUCCCUGCCCCCCGUCUGCCCCUCCCUUGUUUUCCCCUCACCCAUUGCUUCUCUCCUCCCUGCCCUUGAUUUCCCACACCCCUGCCCUCGUUUCCUAUCAUCCAUGCCCCUCCCCCUGCCCGUUGCUGCCCCUCCCCUUGCCCCCUCAACUCCCCUGCCCCCCGUACACCCCAAGUCCCAUCCAACCGCCCCCACCCUCCCCCGGCUGCCCGUUUCCGCUCUCCACCCCCGCGACCGUGUGCGGCUUCCAACCGCCCAACGGUGGUGCGCACGGGGCUCACACCCCCUGCCCCCUCAUGCCAUCCGCUCCCCCCGCCCCUACCCUCCGCGUGCCCGCUCCCUUGCCGCCUCUUUUGACCCUCCCUGCCCCCCCUCGCCGUUUCCCACCGCCCGCCAUUCGCUCCUCCCCGCCCGUGCGCUCCCCUCCUUUACCUUCUCCUCCCCCCUCCCCUCCUCUGCUGCACGCCUCUUCCUUCCCCUCGCCGACCCACUCCACUCCCUGCCCCUCCUCAAUCCGCACCCUGCCCCUCGUAUCUCGCCCCCCUAUGCUUGGUUUCUCCCCUCCCUGCCCCUCGCCGCCUUUCCCCGCUCCCCACCUCCCCCCUCUCCCUGCCCCCCCCACUCUCCCCCCCCCCUUGUCCUUGGCUUCCUACCUCCCUGCCUCACCUUUCCCCCCUCCGUGUGCUCAGCUUCUCCCCUCCCUGCCCCUCCCUCCUCCCCGCCCUGCCCCUCAUUUUCCGCCCCCCCCCCCCCACGCCCGGUUUCUCCCCUCCCCGCGCCUCCCUUUCUUUCUCCGUGCCUCUCCUUUGCUCCCUCCCUGCCCCCGCCUGCCCAUGCCCCUGUCUUUGGCUUCUCCCCUCCCUGCCCCACGUUUCUUCCCUCCCUGCCCCCCGUCUGCCCCUCCCUUGUUUUCCCCUCACCCAUUGCUUCUCUCCUCCCUGCCCUUGAUUUCCCACACCCCUGCCCUCGUUUCCUAUCAUCCAUGCCCCUCGUUUCCCCCCUUUGUACGUUCAGCCUCUUCCCUCCCUGCCCCUCCCUUCCUCCCCCCCUGCCCUUUGCUCUCCCCUCGUUACGCUCCCUUCUCCCCAUCCCUGCUGCCCUCUUACCACCAUCAGCCCAUCCCCACGACCAGCCCCCCUCCCACCCUUCAAUCCCCCCCUCCCUCUCUCUCUCUCUCUCUCUCUCUCUCUCUCUCUUUCUCACACACACACACACACACGCACACUCCCCUCCCCCACCCCCCCCACCUACAUCCUCCCAUUCUGCCCCUCCCUGCCCCUUUCCCACCCCCUCGCACGCCCCUCACCUCCCACCUCCGUGCAACUGGUUUCCCCCCUAUGGUGCCACCCUUGCAUCGCUCGCCCCUCUGCUCACCCUCUGCCCGCCCCUUUUCCGUGCCCUCAGUUGGCCCAGCCCCUGCCCGUUGCUGCCCCUCCCCUUGCCCCCUCAACUCCCCUGCCCCCCGUACACCCCAAGUCCCAUCCAACCGCCCCCACCCUCCCCCGGCUGCCCGUUUCCGCUCUCCACCCCCGCGACCGUGUGCGGCUUCCAACCGCCCAACGGUGGUGCGCACGGGGCUCACACCCCCUGCCCCCUCAUGCCAUCCGCUCCCCCCGCCCCUACCCUCCGCGUGCCCGCUCCCUUGCCGCCUCUUUUGACCCUCCCUGCCCCCCCUCGCCGUUUCCCACCGCCCGCCAUUCGCUCCUCCCCGCCCGUGCGCUCCCCUCCUUUACCUUCUCCUCCCCCCUCCCCUCCUCUGCUGCACGCCUCUUCCUUCCCCUCGCCGACCCACUCCACUCCCUGCCCCUCCUCAAUCCGCACCCUGCCCCUCGUAUCUCGCCCCCCUAUGCUUGCUUCUCCCCUCCCUGCCCCUCCCUCCUCCCCGCCCUGCCCCUCAUUUUCCGCCCCCCCCCCCCCACGCCCGGUUUCUCCCCUCCCCGCGCCUCCCUUUCUUUCUCCGUGCCUCUCCUUUGCUCCCUCCCUGCCCCCGCCUGCCCAUGCCCCUGUCUUUGGCUUCUCCCCUCCCUGCCCCACGUUUCUUCCCUCCCUGCCCCCCGUCUGCCCCUCCCUUGUUUUCCCCUCACCCAUUGCUUCUCUCCUCCCUGCCCUUGAUUUCCCACACCCCUGCCCUCGUUUCCUAUCAUCCAUGCCCCUCCCCCUGCCCGUUGCUGCCCCUCCCCUUGCCCCCUCAACUCCCCUGCCCCCCGUACACCCCAAGUCCCAUCCAACCGCCCCCACCCUCCCCCGGCUGCCCGUUUCCGCUCUCCACCCCCGCGACCGUGUGCGGCUUCCAACCGCCCAACGGUGUCACACCCCCUGCCCCCUCAUGCCAUCCGCUCCCCCCGCCCCUACCCUCCGCGUGCCCGCUCCCUUGCCGCCUCUUUUGACCCUCCCUGCCCCCCCUCGCCGUUUCCCACCGCCCGCCAUUCGCUCCUCCCCGCCCGUGCGCUCCCCUCCUUUACCUUCUCCUCCCCCCUCCCCUCCUCUGCUGCACGCCUCUUCCUUCCCCUCGCCGACCCACUCCACUCCCUGCCCCUCCUCAAUCCGCACCCUGCCCCUCGUAUCUCGCCCCCCUAUGCUUGCUUCUCCCCUCCCUGCCCCUCCCUCCUCCCCGCCCUGCCCCUCAUUUUCCGCCCCCCCCCCCCCACGCCCGGUUUCUCCCCUCCCCGCGCCUCCCUUUCUUUCUCCGUGCCUCUCCUUUGCUCCCUCCCUGCCCCCGCCUGCCCAUGCCCCUGUCUUUGGCUUCUCCCCUCCCUGCCCCACGUUUCUUCCCUCCCUGCCCCCCGUCUGCCCCUCCCUUGUUUUCCCCUCACCCAUUGCUUCUCUCCUCCCUGCCCUUGAUUUCCCACACCCCUGCCCUCGUUUCCUAUCAUCCAUGCCCCUCCCCCUGCCCGUUGCUGCCCCUCCCCUUGCCCCCUCAACUCCCCUGCCCCCCGUACACCCCAAGUCCCAUCCAACCGCCCCCACCCUCCCCCGGCUGCCCGUUUCCGCUCUCCACCCCCGCGACCGUGUGCGGCUUCCAACCGCCCAACGGUGGUGCGCACGGGGCUCACACCCCCUGCCCCCUCAUGCCAUCCGCUCCCCCCGCCCCUACCCUCCGCGUGCCCGCUCCCUUGCCGCCUCUUUUGACCCUCCCUGCCCCCCCUCGCCGUUUCCCACCGCCCGCCAUUCGCUCCUCCCCGCCCGUGCGCUCCCCUCCUUUACCUUCUCCUCCCCCCUCCCCUCCUCUGCUGCACGCCUCUUCCUUCCCCUCGCCGACCCACUCCACUCCCUGCCCCUCCUCAAUCCGCACCCUGCCCCUCGUAUCUCGCCCCCCUAUGCUUGGUUUCUCCCCUCCCUGCCCCUCGCCGCCUUUCCCCGCUCCCCACCUCCCCCCUCUCCCUGCCCCCCCCACUCUCCCCCCCCCCUUGUCCUUGGCUUCCUACCUCCCUGCCUCACCUUUCCCCCCUCCGUGUGCUCAGCUUCUCCCCUCCCUGCCCCUCCCUCCUCCCCGCCCUGCCCCUCAUUUUCCGCCCCCCCCCCCCCACGCCCGGUUUCUCCCCUCCCCGCGCCUCCCUUUCUUUCUCCGUGCCUCUCCUUUGCUCCCUCCCUGCCCCCGCCUGCCCAUGCCCCUGUCUUUGGCUUCUCCCCUCCCUGCCCCACGUUUCUUCCCUCCCUGCCCCCCGUCUGCCCCUCCCUUGUUUUCCCCUCACCCAUUGCUUCUCUCCUCCCUGCCCUUGAUUUCCCACACCCCUGCCCUCGUUUCCUAUCAUCCAUGCCCCUCCCCCUGCCCGUUGCUGCCCCUCCCCUUGCCCCCUCAACUCCCCUGCCCCCCGUACACCCCAAGUCCCAUCCAACCGCCCCCACCCUCCCCCGGCUGCCCGUUUCCGCUCUCCACCCCCGCGACCGUGUGCGGCUUCCAACCGCCCAACGGUGUCACACCCCCUGCCCCCUCAUGCCAUCCGCUCCCCCCGCCCCUACCCUCCGCGUGCCCGCUCCCUUGCCGCCUCUUUUGACCCUCCCUGCCCCCCCUCGCCGUUUCCCACCGCCCGCCAUUCGCUCCUCCCCGCCCGUGCGCUCCCCUCCUUUACCUUCUCCUCCCCCCUCCCCUCCUCUGCUGCACGCCUCUUCCUUCCCCUCGCCGACCCACUCCACUCCCUGCCCCUCCUCAAUCCGCACCCUGCCCCUCGUAUCUCGCCCCCCUAUGCUUGCUUCUCCCCUCCCUGCCCCUCCCUCCUCCCCGCCCUGCCCCUCAUUUUCCGCCCCCCCCCCCCCACGCCCGGUUUCUCCCCUCCCCGCGCCUCCCUUUCUUUCUCCGUGCCUCUCCUUUGCUCCCUCCCUGCCCCCGCCUGCCCAUGCCCCUGUCUUUGGCUUCUCCCCUCCCUGCCCCACGUUUCUUCCCUCCCUGCCCCCCGUCUGCCCCUCCCUUGUUUUCCCCUCACCCAUUGCUUCUCUCCUCCCUGCCCUUGAUUUCCCACACCCCUGCCCUCGUUUCCUAUCAUCCAUGCCCCUCCCCCUGCCCGUUGCUGCCCCUCCCCUUGCCCCCUCAACUCCCCUGCCCCCUGUACACCCCAAGUCCCAUCCAACCGCCCCCACCCUCCCCCGGCUGCCCGUUUCCGCUCUCCACCCCCGCGACCGUGUGCGGCUUCCAACCGCCCAACGGUGUCACACCCCCUGCCCCCUCAUGCCAUCCGCUCCCCCCGCCCCUACCCUCCGCGUGCCCGCUCCCUUGCCGCCUCUUUUGACCCUCCCUGCCCCCCCUCGCCGUUUCCCACCGCCCGCCAUUCGCUCCUCCCCGCCCGUGCGCUCCCCUCCUUUACCUUCUCCUCCCCCCUCCCCUCCUCUGCUGCACGCCUCUUCCUUCCCCUCGCCGACCCACUCCACUCCCUGCCCCUCCUCAAUCCGCACCCUGCCCCUCGUAUCUCGCCCCCCUAUGCUUGGUUUCUCCCCUCCCUGCCCCUCGCCGCCUUUCCCCGCUCCCCACCUCCCCCCUCUCCCUGCCCCCCCCACUCUCCCCCCCCCCUUGUCCUUGGCUUCCUACCUCCCUGCCUCACCUUUCCCCCCUCCGUGUGCUCAGCUUCUCCCCUCCCUGCCCCUCCCUCCUCCCCGCCCUGCCCCUCAUUUUCCGCCCCCCCCCCCCCCACGCCCGGUUUCUCCCCUCCCCGCGCCUCCCUUUCUUUCUCCGUGCCUCUCCUUUGCUCCCUCCCUGCCCCCGCCUGCCCAUGCCCCUGUCUUUGGCUUCUCCCCUCCCUGCCCCACGUUUCUUCCCUCCCUGCCCCCCGUCUGCCCCUCCCUUGUUUUCCCCUCACCCAUUGCUUCUCUCCUCCCUGCCCUUGAUUUCCCACACCCCUGCCCUCGUUUCCUAUCAUCCAUGCCCCUCGUUUCCCCCCUUUGUACGUUCAGCCUCUUCCCUCCCUGCCCCUCCCUUCCUCCCCCCCUGCCCUUUGCUCUCCCCUCGUUACGCUCCCUUCUCCCCAUCCCUGCUGCCCUCUUACCACCAUCAGCCCAUCCCCACGACCAGCCCCCCUCCCACCCUUCAAUCCCCCCCUCCCUCUCUCUCUCUCUCUCUCUCUCUCUCUCUCUCUUUCUCACACACACACACACACGCACACUCCCCUCCCCCACCCCCCCCACCUACAUCCUCCCAUUCUGCCCCUCCCUGCCCCUUUCCCACCCCCUCGCACGCCCCUCACCUCCCACCUCCGUGCAACUGGUUUCCCCCCUAUGGUGCCACCCUUGCAUCGCUCGCCCCUCUGCUCACCCUCUGCCCGCCCCUUUUCCGUGCCCUCAGUUGGCCCAGCCCCUGCCCGUUGCUGCCCCUCCCCUUGCCCCCUCAACUCCCCUGCCCCCCGUACACCCCAAGUCCCAUCCAACCGCCCCCACCCUCCCCCGGCUGCCCGUUUCCGCUCUCCACCCCCGCGACCGUGUGCGGCUUCCAACCGCCCAACGGUGUCACACCCCCUGCCCCCUCAUGCCAUCCGCUCCCCCCGCCCCUACCCUCCGCGUGCCCGCUCCCUUGCCGCCUCUUUUGACCCUCCCUGCCCCCCCUCGCCGUUUCCCACCGCCCGCCAUUCGCUCCUCCCCGCCCGUGCGCUCCCCUCCUUUACCUUCUCCUCCCCCCUCCCCUCCUCUGCUGCACGCCUCUUCCUUCCCCUCGCCGACCCACUCCACUCCCUGCCCCUCCUCAAUCCGCACCCUGCCCCUCGUAUCUCGCCCCCCUAUGCUUGCUUCUCCCCUCCCUGCCCCUCCCUCCUCCCCGCCCUGCCCCUCAUUUUCCGCCCCCCCCCCCCCACGCCCGGUUUCUCCCCUCCCCGCGCCUCCCUUUCUUUCUCCGUGCCUCUCCUUUGCUCCCUCCCUGCCCCCGCCUGCCCAUGCCCCUGUCUUUGGCUUCUCCCCUCCCUGCCCCACGUUUCUUCCCUCCCUGCCCCCCGUCUGCCCCUCCCUUGUUUUCCCCUCACCCAUUGCUUCUCUCCUCCCUGCCCUUGAUUUCCCACACCCCUGCCCUCGUUUCCUAUCAUCCAUGCCCCUCCCCCUGCCCGUUGCUGCCCCUCCCCUUGCCCCCUCAACUCCCCUGCCCCCCGUACACCCCAAGUCCCAUCCAACCGCCCCCACCCUCCCCCGGCUGCCCGUUUCCGCUCUCCACCCCCGCGACCGUGUGCGGCUUCCAACCGCCCAACGGUGUCACACCCCCUGCCCCCUCAUGCCAUCCGCUCCCCCCGCCCCUACCCUCCGCGUGCCCGCUCCCUUGCCGCCUCUUUUGACCCUCCCUGCCCCCCCUCGCCGUUUCCCACCGCCCGCCAUUCGCUCCUCCCCGCCCGUGCGCUCCCCUCCUUUACCUUCUCCUCCCCCCUCCCCUCCUCUGCUGCACGCCUCUUCCUUCCCCUCGCCGACCCACUCCACUCCCUGCCCCUCCUCAAUCCGCACCCUGCCCCUCGUAUCUCGCCCCCCUAUGCUUGGUUUCUCCCCUCCCUGCCCCUCGCCGCCUUUCCCCGCUCCCCACCUCCCCCCUCUCCCUGCCCCCCCCACCUUCUCCCCCCCCCUUGUCCUUGGCUUCCUACCUCCCUGCCUCACCUUUCCCCCCUCCGUGUGCUCAGCUUCUCCCCUCCCUGCCCCUCCCUCCUCCCCGCCCUGCCCCUCAUUUUCCGCCCCCCCCCCCCACGCCCGGUUUCUCCCCUCCCCGCGCCUCCCUUUCUUUCUCCGUGCCUCUCCUUUGCUCCCUCCCUGCCCCCGCCUGCCCAUGCCCCUGUCUUUGGCUUCUCCCCUCCCUGCCCCACGUUUCUUCCCUCCCUGCCCCCCGUCUGCCCCUCCCUUGUUUUCCCCUCACCCAUUGCUUCUCUCCUCCCUGCCCUUGAUUUCCCACACCCCUGCCCUCGUUUCCUAUCAUCCAUGCCCCUCGUUUCCCCCCUUUGUACGUUCAGCCUCUUCCCUCCCUGCCCCUCCCUUCCUCCCCCCCUGCCCUUUGCUCUCCCCUCGUUACGCUCCCUUCUCCCCAUCCCUGCUGCCCUCUUACCACCAUCAGCCCAUCCCCACGACCAGCCCCCCUCCCACCCUUCAAUCCCCCCUCCCUCUCUCUCUCUCUCUCUCUCUCUCUUUCUCACACACACACACACACGCACACUCCCCUCCCCCACCCCCCCCACCUACAUCCUCCCAUUCUGCCCCUCCCUGCCCCUUUCCCACCCCCUCGCACGCCCCUCACCUCCCACCUCCGUGCAACUGGUUUCCCCCCUAUGGUGCCACCCUUGCAUCGCUCGCCCCUCUGCUCACCCUCUGCCCGCCCCUUUUCCGUGCCCUCAGUUGGCCCAGCCCCUGCCCGUUGCUGCCCCUCCCCUUGCCCCCUCAACUCCCCUGCCCCCCGUACACCCCAAGUCCCAUCCAACCGCCCCCACCCUCCCCCGGCUGCCCGUUUCCGCUCUCCACCCCCGCGACCGUGUGCGGCUUCCAACCGCCCAACGGUGGUGCGCACGGGGCUCACACCCCCUGCCCCCUCAUGCCAUCCGCUCCCCCCGCCCCUACCCUCCGCGUGCCCGCUCCCUUGCCGCCUCUUUUGACCCUCCCUGCCCCCCCUCGCCGUUUCCCACCGCCCGCCAUUCGCUCCUCCCCGCCCGUGCGCUCCCCUCCUUUACCUUCUCCUCCCCCCUCCCCUCCUCUGCUGCACGCCUCUUCCUUCCCCUCGCCGACCCACUCCACUCCCUGCCCCUCCUCAAUCCGCACCCUGCCCCUCGUAUCUCGCCCCCCUAUGCUUGGUUUCUCCCCUCCCUGCCCCUCGCCGCCUUUCCCCGCUCCCCACCUCCCCCCUCUCCCUGCCCCCCCCACUCUCCCCCCCCCUUGUCCUUGGCUUCCUACCUCCCUGCCUCACCUUUCCCCCCUCCGUGUGCUCAGCUUCUCCCCUCCCUGCCCCUCCCUCCUCCCCGCCCUGCCCCUCAUUUUCCGCCCCCCCCCCCCACGCCCGGUUUCUCCCCUCCCCGCGCCUCCCUUUCUUUCUCCGUGCCUCUCCUUUGCUCCCUCCCUGCCCCCGCCUGCCCAUGCCCCUGUCUUUGGCUUCUCCCCUCCCUGCCCCACGUUUCUUCCCUCCCUGCCCCCCGUCUGCCCCUCCCUUGUUUUCCCCUCACCCAUUGCUUCUCUCCUCCCUGCCCUUGAUUUCCCACACCCCUGCCCUCGUUUCCUAUCAUCCAUGCCCCUCCCCCUGCCCGUUGCUGCCCCUCCCCUUGCCCCCUCAACUCCCCUGCCCCCCGUACACCCCAAGUCCCAUCCAACCGCCCCCACCCUCCCCCGGCUGCCCGUUUCCGCUCUCCACCCCCGCGACCGUGUGCGGCUUCCAACCGCCCAACGGUGGUGCGCACGGGGCUCACACCCCCUGCCCCCUCAUGCCAUCCGCUCCCCCCGCCCCUACCCUCCGCGUGCCCGCUCCCUUGCCGCCUCUUUUGACCCUCCCUGCCCCCCCUCGCCGUUUCCCACCGCCCGCCAUUCGCUCCUCCCCGCCCGUGCGCUCCCCUCCUUUACCUUCUCCUCCCCCCUCCCCUCCUCUGCUGCACGCCUCUUCCUUCCCCUCGCCGACCCACUCCACUCCCUGCCCCUCCUCAAUCCGCACCCUGCCCCUCGUAUCUCGCCCCCCUAUGCUUGGUUUCUCCCCUCCCUGCCCCUCGCCGCCUUUCCCCGCUCCCCACCUCCCCCCUCUCCCUGCCCCCCCCACUCUCCCCCCCCCUUGUCCUUGGCUUCCUACCUCCCUGCCUCACCUUUCCCCCCUCCGUGUGCUCAGCUUCUCCCCUCCCUGCCCCUCCCUCCUCCCCGCCCUGCCCCUCAUUUUCCGCCCCCCCCCCCCCACGCCCGGUUUCUCCCCUCCCCGCGCCUCCCUUUCUUUCUCCGUGCCUCUCCUUUGCUCCCUCCCUGCCCCCGCCUGCCCAUGCCCCUGUCUUUGGCUUCUCCCCUCCCUGCCCCACGUUUCUUCCCUCCCUGCCCCCCGUCUGCCCCUCCCUUGUUUUCCCCUCACCCAUUGCUUCUCUCCUCCCUGCCCUUGAUUUCCCACACCCCUGCCCUCGUUUCCUAUCAUCCAUGCCCCUCGUUUCCCCCCUUUGUACGUUCAGCCUCUUCCCUCCCUGCCCCUCCCUUCCUCCCCCCCUGCCCUUUGCUCUCCCCUCGUUACGCUCCCUUCUCCCCAUCCCUGCUGCCCUCUUACCACCAUCAGCCCAUCCCCACGACCAGCCCCCCUCCCACCCUUCAAUCCCCCCCUCCCUCUCUCUCUCUCUCUCUCUCUCUCUCUCUCUUUCUCACACACACACACACACGCACACUCCCCUCCCCCACCCCCCCCACCUACAUCCUCCCAUUCUGCCCCUCCCUGCCCCUUUCCCACCCCCUCGCACGCCCCUCACCUCCCACCUCCGUGCAACUGGUUUCCCCCCUAUGGUGCCACCCUUGCAUCGCUCGCCCCUCUGCUCACCCUCUGCCCGCCCCUUUUCCGUGCCCUCAGUUGGCCCAGCCCCUGCCCGUUGCUGCCCCUCCCCUUGCCCCCUCAACUCCCCUGCCCCCCGUACACCCCAAGUCCCAUCCAACCGCCCCCACCCUCCCCCGGCUGCCCGUUUCCGCUCUCCACCCCCGCGACCGUGUGCGGCUUCCAACCGCCCAACGGUGUCACACCCCCUGCCCCCUCAUGCCAUCCGCUCCCCCCGCCCCUACCCUCCGCGUGCCCGCUCCCUUGCCGCCUCUUUUGACCCUCCCUGCCCCCCCUCGCCGUUUCCCACCGCCCGCCAUUCGCUCCUCCCCGCCCGUGCGCUCCCCUCCUUUACCUUCUCCUCCCCCCUCCCCUCCUCUGCUGCACGCCUCUUCCUUCCCCUCGCCGACCCACUCCACUCCCUGCCCCUCCUCAAUCCGCACCCUGCCCCUCGUAUCUCGCCCCCCUAUGCUUGGUUUCUCCCCUCCCUGCCCCUCGCCGCCUUUCCCCGCUCCCCACCUCCCCCCUCUCCCUGCCCCCCCCACUCUCCCCCCCCCUUGUCCUUGGCUUCCUACCUCCCUGCCUCACCUUUCCCCCCUCCGUGUGCUCAGCUUCUCCCCUCCCUGCCCCUCCCUCCUCCCCGCCCUGCCCCUCAUUUUCCGCCCCCCCCCCCCACGCCCGGUUUCUCCCCUCCCCGCGCCUCCCUUUCUUUCUCCGUGCCUCUCCUUUGCUCCCUCCCUGCCCCCGCCUGCCCAUGCCCCUGUCUUUGGCUUCUCCCCUCCCUGCCCCACGUUUCUUCCCUCCCUGCCCCCCGUCUGCCCCUCCCUUGUUUUCCCCUCACCCAUUGCUUCUCUCCUCCCUGCCCUUGAUUUCCCACACCCCUGCCCUCGUUUCCUAUCAUCCAUGCCCCUCCCCCUGCCCGUUGCUGCCCCUCCCCUUGCCCCCUCAACUCCCCUGCCCCCCGUACACCCCAAGUCCCAUCCAACCGCCCCCACCCUCCCCCGGCUGCCCGUUUCCGCUCUCCACCCCCGCGACCGUGUGCGGCUUCCAACCGCCCAACGGUGUCACACCCCCUGCCCCCUCAUGCCAUCCGCUCCCCCCGCCCCUACCCUCCGCGUGCCCGCUCCCUUGCCGCCUCUUUUGACCCUCCCUGCCCCCCCUCGCCGUUUCCCACCGCCCGCCAUUCGCUCCUCCCCGCCCGUGCGCUCCCCUCCUUUACCUUCUCCUCCCCCUCCCCUCCUCUGCUGCACGCCUCUUCCUUCCCCUCGCCGACCCACUCCACUCCCUGCCCCUCCUCAAUCCGCACCCUGCCCCUCGUAUCUCGCCCCCCUAUGCUUGGUUUCUCCCCUCCCUGCCCCUCGCCGCCUUUCCCCGCUCCCCACCUCCCCCCUCUCCCUGCCCCCCCCACUCUCCCCCCCCCUUGUCCUUGGCUUCCUACCUCCCUGCCUCACCUUUCCCCCCUCCGUGUGCUCAGCUUCUCCCCUCCCUGCCCCUCCCUCCUCCCCGCCCUGCCCCUCAUUUUCCGCCCCCCCCCCCCCACGCCCGGUUUCUCCCCUCCCCGCGCCUCCCUUUCUUUCUCCGUGCCUCUCCUUUGCUCCCUCCCUGCCCCCGCCUGCCCAUGCCCCUGUCUUUGGCUUCUCCCCUCCCUGCCCCACGUUUCUUCCCUCCCUGCCCCCCGUCUGCCCCUCCCUUGUUUUCCCCUCACCCAUUGCUUCUCUCCUCCCUGCCCUUGAUUUCCCACACCCCUGCCCUCGUUUCCUAUCAUCCAUGCCCCUCGUUUCCCCCCUUUGUACGUUCAGCCUCUUCCCUCCCUGCCCCUCCCUUCCUCCCCCCCUGCCCUUUGCUCUCCCCUCGUUACGCUCCCUUCUCCCCAUCCCUGCUGCCCUCUUACCACCAUCAGCCCAUCCCCACGACCAGCCCCCCUCCCACCCUUCAAUCCCCCCCUCCCUCUCUCUCUCUCUCUCUCUCUCUCUCUCUCUCUUUCUCACACACACACACACACGCACACUCCCCUCCCCCACCCCCCCCACCUACAUCCUCCCAUUCUGCCCCUCCCUGCCCCUUUCCCACCCCCUCGCACGCCCCUCACCUCCCACCUCCGUGCAACUGGUUUCCCCCCUAUGGUGCCACCCUUGCAUCGCUCGCCCCUCUGCUCACCCUCUGCCCGCCCCUUUUCCGUGCCCUCAGUUGGCCCAGCCCCUGCCCGUUGCUGCCCCUCCCCUUGCCCCCUCAACUCCCCUGCCCCCCGUACACCCCAAGUCCCAUCCAACCGCCCCCACCCUCCCCCGGCUGCCCGUUUCCGCUCUCCACCCCCGCGACCGUGUGCGGCUUCCAACCGCCCAACGGUGGUGCGCACGGGGCUCACACCCCCUGCCCCCUCAUGCCAUCCGCUCCCCCCGCCCCUACCCUCCGCGUGCCCGCUCCCUUGCCGCCUCUUUUGACCCUCCCUGCCCCCCCUCGCCGUUUCCCACCGCCCGCCAUUCGCUCCUCCCCGCCCGUGCGCUCCCCUCCUUUACCUUCUCCUCCCCCCUCCCCUCCUCUGCUGCACGCCUCUUCCUUCCCCUCGCCGACCCACUCCACUCCCUGCCCCUCCUCAAUCCGCACCCUGCCCCUCGUAUCUCGCCCCCCUAUGCUUGGUUUCUCCCCUCCCUGCCCCUCGCCGCCUUUCCCCGCUCCCCACCUCCCCCUCUCCCUGCCCCCCCCACUCUCCCCCCCCCUUGUCCUUGGCUUCCUACCUCCCUGCCUCACCUUUCCCCCCUCCGUGUGCUCAGCUUCUCCCCUCCCUGCCCCUCCCUCCUCCCCGCCCUGCCCCUCAUUUUCCGCCCCCCCCCCCACGCCCGGUUUCUCCCCUCCCCGCGCCUCCCUUUCUUUCUCCGUGCCUCUCCUUUGCUCCCUCCCUGCCCCCGCCUGCCCAUGCCCCUGUCUUUGGCUUCUCCCCUCCCUGCCCCACGUUUCUUCCCUCCCUGCCCCCCGUCUGCCCCUCCCUUGUUUUCCCCUCACCCAUUGCUUCUCUCCUCCCUGCCCUUGAUUUCCCACACCCCUGCCCUCGUUUCCUAUCAUCCAUGCCCCUCGUUUCCCCCCUUUCCCCUGCCCGUUGCUGCCCCUCCCCUUGCCCCCUCAACUCCCCUGCCCCCCGUACACCCCAAGUCCCAUCCAACCGCCCCCACCCUCCCCCGGCUGCCCGUUUCCGCUCUCCACCCCCGCGACCGUGUGCGGCUUCCAACCGCCCAACGGUGUCACACCCCCUGCCCCCUCAUGCCAUCCGCUCCCCCCGCCCCUACCCUCCGCGUGCCCGCUCCCUUGCCGCCUCUUUUGACCCUCCCUGCCCCCCCUCGCCGUUUCCCACCGCCCGCCAUUCGCUCCUCCCCGCCCGUGCGCUCCCCUCCUUUACCUUCUCCUCCCCCCUCCCCUCCUCUGCUGCACGCCUCUUCCUUCCCCUCGCCGACCCACUCCACUCCCUGCCCCUCCUCAAUCCGCACCCUGCCCCUCGUAUCUCGCCCCCCUAUGCUUGCUUCUCCCCUCCCUGCCCCUCCCUCCUCCCCGCCCUGCCCCUCAUUUUCCGCCCCCCCCCCCCCACGCCCGGUUUCUCCCCUCCCCGCGCCUCCCUUUCUUUCUCCGUGCCUCUCCUUUGCUCCCUCCCUGCCCCCGCCUGCCCAUGCCCCUGUCUUUGGCUUCUCCCCUCCCUGCCCCACGUUUCUUCCCUCCCUGCCCCCCGUCUGCCCCUCCCUUGUUUUCCCCUCACCCAUUGCUUCUCUCCUCCCUGCCCUUGAUUUCCCACACCCCUGCCCUCGUUUCCUAUCAUCCAUGCCCCUCCCCCUGCCCGUUGCUGCCCCUCCCCUUGCCCCCUCAACUCCCCUGCCCCCCGUACACCCCAAGUCCCAUCCAACCGCCCCCACCCUCCCCCGGCUGCCCGUUUCCGCUCUCCACCCCCGCGACCGUGUGCGGCUUCCAACCGCCCAACGGUGUCACACCCCCUGCCCCCUCAUGCCAUCCGCUCCCCCCGCCCCUACCCUCCGCGUGCCCGCUCCCUUGCCGCCUCUUUUGACCCUCCCUGCCCCCCCUCGCCGUUUCCCACCGCCCGCCAUUCGCUCCUCCCCGCCCGUGCGCUCCCCUCCUUUACCUUCUCCUCCCCCCUCCCCUCCUCUGCUGCACGCCUCUUCCUUCCCCUCGCCGACCCACUCCACUCCCUGCCCCUCCUCAAUCCGCACCCUGCCCCUCGUAUCUCGCCCCCCUAUGCUUGCUUCUCCCCUCCCUGCCCCUCCCUCCUCCCCGCCCUGCCCCUCAUUUUCCGCCCCCCCCCCCCCACGCCCGGUUUCUCCCCUCCCCGCGCCUCCCUUUCUUUCUCCGUGCCUCUCCUUUGCUCCCUCCCUGCCCCCGCCUGCCCAUGCCCCUGUCUUUGGCUUCUCCCCUCCCUGCCCCACGUUUCUUCCCUCCCUGCCCCCCGUCUGCCCCUCCCUUGUUUUCCCCUCACCCAUUGCUUCUCUCCUCCCUGCCCUUGAUUUCCCACACCCCUGCCCUCGUUUCCUAUCAUCCAUGCCCCUCCCCCUGCCCGUUGCUGCCCCUCCCCUUGCCCCCUCAACUCCCCUGCCCCCCGUACACCCCAAGUCCCAUCCAACCGCCCCCACCCUCCCCCGGCUGCCCGUUUCCGCUCUCCACCCCCGCGACCGUGUGCGGCUUCCAACCGCCCAACGGUGUCACACCCCCUGCCCCCUCAUGCCAUCCGCUCCCCCCGCCCCUACCCUCCGCGUGCCCGCUCCCUUGCCGCCUCUUUUGACCCUCCCUGCCCCCCCUCGCCGUUUCCCACCGCCCGCCAUUCGCUCCUCCCCGCCCGUGCGCUCCCCUCCUUUACCUUCUCCUCCCCCCUCCCCUCCUCUGCUGCACGCCUCUUCCUUCCCCUCGCCGACCCACUCCACUCCCUGCCCCUCCUCAAUCCGCACCCUGCCCCUCGUAUCUCGCCCCCCUAUGCUUGGUUUCUCCCCUCCCUGCCCCUCGCCGCCUUUCCCCGCUCCCCACCUCCCCCCUCUCCCUGCCCCCCCCACUCUCCCCCCCCCUUGUCCUUGGCUUCCUACCUCCCUGCCUCACCUUUCCCCCCUCCGUGUGCUCAGCUUCUCCCCUCCCUGCCCCUCCCUCCUCCCCGCCCUGCCCCUCAUUUUCCGCCCCCCCCCCCCCCACGCCCGGUUUCUCCCCUCCCCGCGCCUCCCUUUCUUUCUCCGUGCCUCUCCUUUGCUCCCUCCCUGCCCCCGCCUGCCCAUGCCCCUGUCUUUGGCUUCUCCCCUCCCUGCCCCACGUUUCUUCCCUCCCUGCCCCCCGUCUGCCCCUCCCUUGUUUUCCCCUCACCCAUUGCUUCUCUCCUCCCUGCCCUUGAUUUCCCACACCCCUGCCCUCGUUUCCUAUCAUCCAUGCCCCUCGUUUCCCCCCUUUCCCCUGCCCGUUGCUGCCCCUCCCCUUGCCCCCUCAACUCCCCUGCCCCCCGUACACCCCAAGUCCCAUCCAACCGCCCCCACCCUCCCCCGGCUGCCCGUUUCCGCUCUCCACCCCCGCGACCGUGUGCGGCUUCCAACCGCCCAACGGUGUCACACCCCCUGCCCCCUCAUGCCAUCCGCUCCCCCCGCCCCUACCCUCCGCGUGCCCGCUCCCUUGCCGCCUCUUUUGACCCUCCCUGCCCCCCCUCGCCGUUUCCCACCGCCCGCCAUUCGCUCCUCCCCGCCCGUGCGCUCCCCUCCUUUACCUUCUCCUCCCCCCUCCCCUCCUCUGCUGCACGCCUCUUCCUUCCCCUCGCCGACCCACUCCACUCCCUGCCCCUCCUCAAUCCGCACCCUGCCCCUCGUAUCUCGCCCCCCUAUGCUUGCUUCUCCCCUCCCUGCCCCUCCCUCCUCCCCGCCCUGCCCCUCAUUUUCCGCCCCCCCCCCCCCACGCCCGGUUUCUCCCCUCCCCGCGCCUCCCUUUCUUUCUCCGUGCCUCUCCUUUGCUCCCUCCCUGCCCCCGCCUGCCCAUGCCCCUGUCUUUGGCUUCUCCCCUCCCUGCCCCACGUUUCUUCCCUCCCUGCCCCCCGUCUGCCCCUCCCUUGUUUUCCCCUCACCCAUUGCUUCUCUCCUCCCUGCCCUUGAUUUCCCACACCCCUGCCCUCGUUUCCUAUCAUCCAUGCCCCUCCCCCUGCCCGUUGCUGCCCCUCCCCUUGCCCCCUCAACUCCCCUGCCCCCCGUACACCCCAAGUCCCAUCCAACCGCCCCCACCCUCCCCCGGCUGCCCGUUUCCGCUCUCCACCCCCGCGACCGUGUGCGGCUUCCAACCGCCCAACGGUGUCACACCCCCUGCCCCCUCAUGCCAUCCGCUCCCCCCGCCCCUACCCUCCGCGUGCCCGCUCCCUUGCCGCCUCUUUUGACCCUCCCUGCCCCCCCUCGCCGUUUCCCACCGCCCGCCAUUCGCUCCUCCCCGCCCGUGCGCUCCCCUCCUUUACCUUCUCCUCCCCCCUCCCCUCCUCUGCUGCACGCCUCUUCCUUCCCCUCGCCGACCCACUCCACUCCCUGCCCCUCCUCAAUCCGCACCCUGCCCCUCGUAUCUCGCCCCCCUAUGCUUGCUUCUCCCCUCCCUGCCCCUCCCUCCUCCCCGCCCUGCCCCUCAUUUUCCGCCCCCCCCCCCCCACGCCCGGUUUCUCCCCUCCCCGCGCCUCCCUUUCUUUCUCCGUGCCUCUCCUUUGCUCCCUCCCUGCCCCCGCCUGCCCAUGCCCCUGUCUUUGGCUUCUCCCCUCCCUGCCCCACGUUUCUUCCCUCCCUGCCCCCCGUCUGCCCCUCCCUUGUUUUCCCCUCACCCAUUGCUUCUCUCCUCCCUGCCCUUGAUUUCCCACACCCCUGCCCUCGUUUCCUAUCAUCCAUGCCCCUCCCCCUGCCCGUUGCUGCCCCUCCCCUUGCCCCCUCAACUCCCCUGCCCCCCGUACACCCCAAGUCCCAUCCAACCGCCCCCACCCUCCCCCGGCUGCCCGUUUCCGCUCUCCACCCCCGCGACCGUGUGCGGCUUCCAACCGCCCAACGGUGGUGCGCACGGGGCUCACACCCCCUGCCCCCUCAUGCCAUCCGCUCCCCCCGCCCCUACCCUCCGCGUGCCCGCUCCCUUGCCGCCUCUUUUGACCCUCCCUGCCCCCCCUCGCCGUUUCCCACCGCCCGCCAUUCGCUCCUCCCCGCCCGUGCGCUCCCCUCCUUUACCUUCUCCUCCCCCCUCCCCUCCUCUGCUGCACGCCUCUUCCUUCCCCUCGCCGACCCACUCCACUCCCUGCCCCUCCUCAAUCCGCACCCUGCCCCUCGUAUCUCGCCCCCCUAUGCUUGGUUUCUCCCCUCCCUGCCCCUCGCCGCCUUUCCCCGCUCCCCACCUCCCCCCUCUCCCUGCCCCCCCCACUCUCCCCCCCCCUUGUCCUUGGCUUCCUACCUCCCUGCCUCACCUUUCCCCCCUCCGUGUGCUCAGCUUCUCCCCUCCCUGCCCCUCCCUCCUCCCCGCCCUGCCCCUCAUUUUCCGCCCCCCCCCCCCCACGCCCGGUUUCUCCCCUCCCCGCGCCUCCCUUUCUUUCUCCGUGCCUCUCCUUUGCUCCCUCCCUGCCCCCGCCUGCCCAUGCCCCUGUCUUUGGCUUCUCCCCUCCCUGCCCCACGUUUCUUCCCUCCCUGCCCCCCGUCUGCCCCUCCCUUGUUUUCCCCUCACCCAUUGCUUCUCUCCUCCCUGCCCUUGAUUUCCCACACCCCUGCCCUCGUUUCCUAUCAUCCAUGCCCCUCGUUUCCCCCCUUUGUACGUUCAGCCUCUUCCCUCCCUGCCCCUCCCUUCCUCCCCCCCUGCCCUUUGCUCUCCCCUCGUUACGCUCCCUUCUCCCCAUCCCUGCUGCCCUCUUACCACCAUCAGCCCAUCCCCACGACCAGCCCCCCUCCCACCCUUCAAUCCCCCCCUCCUCUCUCUCUCUCUCUCUCUCUCUCUCUCUCUCUUUCUCACACACACACACACACGCACACUCCCCUCCCCCACCCCCCCCCACCUACAUCCUCCCAUUCUGCCCCUCCCUGCCCCUUUCCCACCCCCUCGCACGCCCCUCACCUCCCACCUCCGUGCAACUGGUUUCCCCCCUAUGGUGCCACCCUUGCAUCGCUCGCCCCUCUGCUCACCCUCUGCCCGCCCCUUUUCCGUGCCCUCAGUUGGCCCAGCCCCUGCCCGUUGCUGCCCCUCCCCUUGCCCCCUCAACUCCCCUGCCCCCCGUACACCCCAAGUCCCAUCCAACCGCCCCCACCCUCCCCCGGCUGCCCGUUUCCGCUCUCCACCCCCGCGACCGUGUGCGGCUUCCAACCGCCCAACGGUGGUGCGCACGGGGCUCACACCCCCUGCCCCCUCAUGCCAUCCGCUCCCCCCGCCCCUACCCUCCGCGUGCCCGCUCCCUUGCCGCCUCUUUUGACCCUCCCUGCCCCCCCUCGCCGUUUCCCACCGCCCGCCAUUCGCUCCUCCCCGCCCGUGCGCUCCCCUCCUUUACCUUCUCCUCCCCCCUCCCCUCCUCUGCUGCACGCCUCUUCCUUCCCCUCGCCGACCCACUCCACUCCCUGCCCCUCCUCAAUCCGCACCCUGCCCCUCGUAUCUCGCCCCCCUAUGCUUGGUUUCUCCCCUCCCUGCCCCUCGCCGCCUUUCCCCGCUCCCCACCUCCCCCCUCUCCCUGCCCCCCCCACUCUCCCCCCCCCCUUGUCCUUGGCUUCCUACCUCCCUGCCUCACCUUUCCCCCCUCCGUGUGCUCAGCUUCUCCCCUCCCUGCCCCUCCCUCCUCCCCGCCCUGCCCCUCAUUUUCCGCCCCCCCCCCCCCACGCCCGGUUUCUCCCCUCCCCGCGCCUCCCUUUCUUUCUCCGUGCCUCUCCUUUGCUCCCUCCCUGCCCCCGCCUGCCCAUGCCCCUGUCUUUGGCUUCUCCCCUCCCUGCCCCACGUUUCUUCCCUCCCUGCCCCCCGUCUGCCCCUCCCUUGUUUUCCCCUCACCCAUUGCUUCUCUCCUCCCUGCCCUUGAUUUCCCACACCCCUGCCCUCGUUUCCUAUCAUCCAUGCCCCUCGUUUCCCCCCUUUCCCCUGCCCGUUGCUGCCCCUCCCCUUGCCCCCUCAACUCCCCUGCCCCCCGUACACCCCAAGUCCCAUCCAACCGCCCCCACCCUCCCCCGGCUGCCCGUUUCCGCUCUCCACCCCCGCGACCGUGUGCGGCUUCCAACCGCCCAACGGUGUCACACCCCCUGCCCCCUCAUGCCAUCCGCUCCCCCCGCCCCUACCCUCCGCGUGCCCGCUCCCUUGCCGCCUCUUUUGACCCUCCCUGCCCCCCCUCGCCGUUUCCCACCGCCCGCCAUUCGCUCCUCCCCGCCCGUGCGCUCCCCUCCUUUACCUUCUCCUCCCCCCUCCCCUCCUCUGCUGCACGCCUCUUCCUUCCCCUCGCCGACCCACUCCACUCCCUGCCCCUCCUCAAUCCGCACCCUGCCCCUCGUAUCUCGCCCCCCUAUGCUUGGUUUCUCCCCUCCCUGCCCCUCGCCGCCUUUCCCCGCUCCCCACCUCCCCCCUCUCCCUGCCCCCCCCACUCUCCCCCCCCCCUUGUCCUUGGCUUCCUACCUCCCUGCCUCACCUUUCCCCCCUCCGUGUGCUCAGCUUCUCCCCUCCCUGCCCCUCCCUCCUCCCCGCCCUGCCCCUCAUUUUCCGCCCCCCCCCCCCCCACGCCCGGUUUCUCCCCUCCCCGCGCCUCCCUUUCUUUCUCCGUGCCUCUCCUUUGCUCCCUCCCUGCCCCCGCCUGCCCAUGCCCCUGUCUUUGGCUUCUCCCCUCCCUGCCCCACGUUUCUUCCCUCCCUGCCCCCCGUCUGCCCCUCCCUUGUUUUCCCCUCACCCAUUGCUUCUCUCCUCCCUGCCCUUGAUUUCCCACACCCCUGCCCUCGUUUCCUAUCAUCCAUGCCCCUCCCCCUGCCCGUUGCUGCCCCUCCCCUUGCCCCCUCAACUCCCCUGCCCCCCGUACACCCCAAGUCCCAUCCAACCGCCCCCACCCUCCCCCGGCUGCCCGUUUCCGCUCUCCACCCCCGCGACCGUGUGCGGCUUCCAACCGCCCAACGGUGGUGCGCACGGGGCUCACACCCCCUGCCCCCUCAUGCCAUCCGCUCCCCCCGCCCCUACCCUCCGCGUGCCCGCUCCCUUGCCGCCUCUUUUGACCCUCCCUGCCCCCCCUCGCCGUUUCCCACCGCCCGCCAUUCGCUCCUCCCCGCCCGUGCGCUCCCCUCCUUUACCUUCUCCUCCCCCCUCCCCUCCUCUGCUGCACGCCUCUUCCUUCCCCUCGCCGACCCACUCCACUCCCUGCCCCUCCUCAAUCCGCACCCUGCCCCUCGUAUCUCGCCCCCCUAUGCUUGGUUUCUCCCCUCCCUGCCCCUCGCCGCCUUUCCCCGCUCCCCACCUCCCCCCUCUCCCUGCCCCCCCCACUCUCCCCCCCCCCUUGUCCUUGGCUUCCUACCUCCCUGCCUCACCUUUCCCCCCUCCGUGUGCUCAGCUUCUCCCCUCCCUGCCCCUCCCUCCUCCCCGCCCUGCCCCUCAUUUUCCGCCCCCCCCCCCCCACGCCCGGUUUCUCCCCUCCCCGCGCCUCCCUUUCUUUCUCCGUGCCUCUCCUUUGCUCCCUCCCUGCCCCCGCCUGCCCAUGCCCCUGUCUUUGGCUUCUCCCCUCCCUGCCCCACGUUUCUUCCCUCCCUGCCCCCCGUCUGCCCCUCCCUUGUUUUCCCCUCACCCAUUGCUUCUCUCCUCCCUGCCCUUGAUUUCCCACACCCCUGCCCUCGUUUCCUAUCAUCCAUGCCCCUCCCCCUGCCCGUUGCUGCCCCUCCCCUUGCCCCCUCAACUCCCCUGCCCCCCGUACACCCCAAGUCCCAUCCAACCGCCCCCACCCUCCCCCGGCUGCCCGUUUCCGCUCUCCACCCCCGCGACCGUGUGCGGCUUCCAACCGCCCAACGGUGGUGCGCACGGGGCUCACACCCCCUGCCCCCUCAUGCCAUCCGCUCCCCCCGCCCCUACCCUCCGCGUGCCCGCUCCCUUGCCGCCUCUUUUGACCCUCCCUGCCCCCCCUCGCCGUUUCCCACCGCCCGCCAUUCGCUCCUCCCCGCCCGUGCGCUCCCCUCCUUUACCUUCUCCUCCCCCCUCCCCUCCUCUGCUGCACGCCUCUUCCUUCCCCUCGCCGACCCACUCCACUCCCUGCCCCUCCUCAAUCCGCACCCUGCCCCUCGUAUCUCGCCCCCCUAUGCUUGGUUUCUCCCCUCCCUGCCCCUCGCCGCCUUUCCCCGCUCCCCACCUCCCCCCUCUCCCUGCCCCCCCCACUCUCCCCCCCCCCUUGUCCUUGGCUUCCUACCUCCCUGCCUCACCUUUCCCCCCUCCGUGUGCUCAGCUUCUCCCCUCCCUGCCCCUCCCUCCUCCCCGCCCUGCCCCUCAUUUUCCGCCCCCCCCCCCCCACGCCCGGUUUCUCCCCUCCCCGCGCCUCCCUUUCUUUCUCCGUGCCUCUCCUUUGCUCCCUCCCUGCCCCCGCCUGCCCAUGCCCCUGUCUUUGGCUUCUCCCCUCCCUGCCCCACGUUUCUUCCCUCCCUGCCCCCCGUCUGCCCCUCCCUUGUUUUCCCCUCACCCAUUGCUUCUCUCCUCCCUGCCCUUGAUUUCCCACACCCCUGCCCUCGUUUCCUAUCAUCCAUGCCCCUCCCCCUGCCCGUUGCUGCCCCUCCCCUUGCCCCCUCAACUCCCCUGCCCCCCGUACACCCCAAGUCCCAUCCAACCGCCCCCACCCUCCCCCGGCUGCCCGUUUCCGCUCUCCACCCCCGCGACCGUGUGCGGCUUCCAACCGCCCAACGGUGUCACACCCCCUGCCCCCUCAUGCCAUCCGCUCCCCCCGCCCCUACCCUCCGCGUGCCCGCUCCCUUGCCGCCUCUUUUGACCCUCCCUGCCCCCCCUCGCCGUUUCCCACCGCCCGCCAUUCGCUCCUCCCCGCCCGUGCGCUCCCCUCCUUUACCUUCUCCUCCCCCCUCCCCUCCUCUGCUGCACGCCUCUUCCUUCCCCUCGCCGACCCACUCCACUCCCUGCCCCUCCUCAAUCCGCACCCUGCCCCUCGUAUCUCGCCCCCCUAUGCUUGGUUUCUCCCCUCCCUGCCCCUCGCCGCCUUUCCCCGCUCCCCACCUCCCCCCUCUCCCUGCCCCCCCCACUCUCCCCCCCCCUUGUCCUUGGCUUCCUACCUCCCUGCCUCACCUUUCCCCCCUCCGUGUGCUCAGCUUCUCCCCUCCCUGCCCCUCCCUCCUCCCCGCCCUGCCCCUCAUUUUCCGCCCCCCCCCCCCCCACGCCCGGUUUCUCCCCUCCCCGCGCCUCCCUUUCUUUCUCCGUGCCUCUCCUUUGCUCCCUCCCUGCCCCCGCCUGCCCAUGCCCCUGUCUUUGGCUUCUCCCCUCCCUGCCCCACGUUUCUUCCCUCCCUGCCCCCCGUCUGCCCCUCCCUUGUUUUCCCCUCACCCAUUGCUUCUCUCCUCCCUGCCCUUGAUUUCCCACACCCCUGCCCUCGUUUCCUAUCAUCCAUGCCCCUCGUUUCCCCCCUUUCCCCUGCCCGUUGCUGCCCCUCCCCUUGCCCCCUCAACUCCCCUGCCCCCCGUACACCCCAAGUCCCAUCCAACCGCCCCCACCCUCCCCCGGCUGCCCGUUUCCGCUCUCCACCCCCGCGACCGUGUGCGGCUUCCAACCGCCCAACGGUGGUGCGCACGGGGCUCACACCCCCUGCCCCCUCAUGCCAUCCGCUCCCCCCGCCCCUACCCUCCGCGUGCCCGCUCCCUUGCCGCCUCUUUUGACCCUCCCUGCCCCCCCUCGCCGUUUCCCACCGCCCGCCAUUCGCUCCUCCCCGCCCGUGCGCUCCCCUCCUUUACCUUCUCCUCCCCCCUCCCCUCCUCUGCUGCACGCCUCUUCCUUCCCCUCGCCGACCCACUCCACUCCCUGCCCCUCCUCAAUCCGCACCCUGCCCCUCGUAUCUCGCCCCCCUAUGCUUGGUUUCUCCCCUCCCUGCCCCUCGCCGCCUUUCCCCGCUCCCCACCUCCCCCCUCUCCCUGCCCCCCCCACUCUCCCCCCCCCCUUGUCCUUGGCUUCCUACCUCCCUGCCUCACCUUUCCCCCCUCCGUGUGCUCAGCUUCUCCCCUCCCUGCCCCUCCCUCCUCCCCGCCCUGCCCCUCAUUUUCCGCCCCCCCCCCCCCACGCCCGGUUUCUCCCCUCCCCGCGCCUCCCUUUCUUUCUCCGUGCCUCUCCUUUGCUCCCUCCCUGCCCCCGCCUGCCCAUGCCCCUGUCUUUGGCUUCUCCCCUCCCUGCCCCACGUUUCUUCCCUCCCUGCCCCCCGUCUGCCCCUCCCUUGUUUUCCCCUCACCCAUUGCUUCUCUCCUCCCUGCCCUUGAUUUCCCACACCCCUGCCCUCGUUUCCUAUCAUCCAUGCCCCUCCCCCUGCCCGUUGCUGCCCCUCCCCUUGCCCCCUCAACUCCCCUGCCCCCCGUACACCCCAAGUCCCAUCCAACCGCCCCCACCCUCCCCCGGCUGCCCGUUUCCGCUCUCCACCCCCGCGACCGUGUGCGGCUUCCAACCGCCCAACGGUGUCACACCCCCUGCCCCCUCAUGCCAUCCGCUCCCCCCGCCCCUACCCUCCGCGUGCCCGCUCCCUUGCCGCCUCUUUUGACCCUCCCUGCCCCCCCUCGCCGUUUCCCACCGCCCGCCAUUCGCUCCUCCCCGCCCGUGCGCUCCCCUCCUUUACCUUCUCCUCCCCCCUCCCCUCCUCUGCUGCACGCCUCUUCCUUCCCCUCGCCGACCCACUCCACUCCCUGCCCCUCCUCAAUCCGCACCCUGCCCCUCGUAUCUCGCCCCCCUAUGCUUGGUUUCUCCCCUCCCUGCCCCUCGCCGCCUUUCCCCGCUCCCCACCUCCCCCCUCUCCCUGCCCCCCCCACUCUCCCCCCCCCCUUGUCCUUGGCUUCCUACCUCCCUGCCUCACCUUUCCCCCCUCCGUGUGCUCAGCUUCUCCCCUCCCUGCCCCUCCCUCCUCCCCGCCCUGCCCCUCAUUUUCCGCCCCCCCCCCCCCCACGCCCGGUUUCUCCCCUCCCCGCGCCUCCCUUUCUUUCUCCGUGCCUCUCCUUUGCUCCCUCCCUGCCCCCGCCUGCCCAUGCCCCUGUCUUUGGCUUCUCCCCUCCCUGCCCCACGUUUCUUCCCUCCCUGCCCCCCGUCUGCCCCUCCCUUGUUUUCCCCUCACCCAUUGCUUCUCUCCUCCCUGCCCUUGAUUUCCCACACCCCUGCCCUCGUUUCCUAUCAUCCAUGCCCCUCCCCCUGCCCGUUGCUGCCCCUCCCCUUGCCCCCUCAACUCCCCUGCCCCCCGUACACCCCAAGUCCCAUCCAACCGCCCCCACCCUCCCCCGGCUGCCCGUUUCCGCUCUCCACCCCCGCGACCGUGUGCGGCUUCCAACCGCCCAACGGUGUCACACCCCCUGCCCCCUCAUGCCAUCCGCUCCCCCCGCCCCUACCCUCCGCGUGCCCGCUCCCUUGCCGCCUCUUUUGACCCUCCCUGCCCCCCCUCGCCGUUUCCCACCGCCCGCCAUUCGCUCCUCCCCGCCCGUGCGCUCCCCUCCUUUACCUUCUCCUCCCCCCUCCCCUCCUCUGCUGCACGCCUCUUCCUUCCCCUCGCCGACCCACUCCACUCCCUGCCCCUCCUCAAUCCGCACCCUGCCCCUCGUAUCUCGCCCCCCUAUGCUUGGUUUCUCCCCUCCCUGCCCCUCGCCGCCUUUCCCCGCUCCCCACCUCCCCCCUCUCCCUGCCCCCCCCACUCUCCCCCCCCCUUGUCCUUGGCUUCCUACCUCCCUGCCUCACCUUUCCCCCCUCCGUGUGCUCAGCUUCUCCCCUCCCUGCCCCUCCCUCCUCCCCGCCCUGCCCCUCAUUUUCCGCCCCCCCCCCCCCCACGCCCGGUUUCUCCCCUCCCCGCGCCUCCCUUUCUUUCUCCGUGCCUCUCCUUUGCUCCCUCCCUGCCCCCGCCUGCCCAUGCCCCUGUCUUUGGCUUCUCCCCUCCCUGCCCCACGUUUCUUCCCUCCCUGCCCCCCGUCUGCCCCUCCCUUGUUUUCCCCUCACCCAUUGCUUCUCUCCUCCCUGCCCUUGAUUUCCCACACCCCUGCCCUCGUUUCCUAUCAUCCAUGCCCCUCUUGGCCCAGCCCCUGCCCGUUGCUGCCCCUCCCCUUGCCCCCUCAACUCCCCUGCCCCCCGUACACCCCAAGUCCCAUCCAACCGCCCCCACCCUCCCCCGGCUGCCCGUUUCCGCUCUCCACCCCCGCGACCGUGUGCGGCUUCCAACCGCCCAACGGUGGUGCGCACGGGGCGUUUCUUCGCAUGGGCAAGCCUCCCCGGGGGCCCCCCACCCCGCUGGGGUCGUUUCACACCCCCUGCCCCCUCAUGCCAUCCGCUCCCCCCGCCCCUACCCUCCGCGUGCCCGCUCCCUUGCCGCCUCUUUUGACCCUCCCUGCCCCCCCUCGCCGUUUCCCACCGCCCGCCAUUCGCUCCUCCCCGCCCGUGCGCUCCCCUCCUUUACCUUCUCCUCCCCCCUCCCCUCCUCUGCUGCACGCCUCUUCCUUCCCCUCGCCGACCCACUCCACUCCCUGCCCCUCCUCAAUCCGCACCCUGCCCCUCGUAUCUCGCCCCCCUAUGCUUGCUUCUCCCCUCCCUGCCCCUCCCUCCUCCCCGCCCUGCCCCUCAUUUUCCGCCCCCCCCCCCCCACGCCCGGUUUCUCCCCUCCCCGCGCCUCCCUUUCUUUCUCCGUGCCUCUCCUUUGCUCCCUCCCUGCCCCCGCCUGCCCAUGCCCCUGUCUUUGGCUUCUCCCCUCCCUGCCCCACGUUUCUUCCCUCCCUGCCCCCCGUCUGCCCCUCCCUUGUUUUCCCCUCACCCAUUGCUUCUCUCCUCCCUGCCCUUGAUUUCCCACACCCCUGCCCUCGUUUCCUAUCAUCCAUGCCCCUCCCCCUGCCCGUUGCUGCCCCUCCCCUUGCCCCCUCAACUCCCCUGCCCCCCGUACACCCCAAGUCCCAUCCAACCGCCCCCACCCUCCCCCGGCUGCCCGUUUCCGCUCUCCACCCCCGCGACCGUGUGCGGCUUCCAACCGCCCAACGGUGUCACACCCCCUGCCCCCUCAUGCCAUCCGCUCCCCCCGCCCCUACCCUCCGCGUGCCCGCUCCCUUGCCGCCUCUUUUGACCCUCCCUGCCCCCCCUCGCCGUUUCCCACCGCCCGCCAUUCGCUCCUCCCCGCCCGUGCGCUCCCCUCCUUUACCUUCUCCUCCCCCCUCCCCUCCUCUGCUGCACGCCUCUUCCUUCCCCUCGCCGACCCACUCCACUCCCUGCCCCUCCUCAAUCCGCACCCUGCCCCUCGUAUCUCGCCCCCCUAUGCUUGGUUUCUCCCCUCCCUGCCCCUCGCCGCCUUUCCCCGCUCCCCACCUCCCCCCUCUCCCUGCCCCCCCCACUCUCCCCCCCCCUUGUCCUUGGCUUCCUACCUCCCUGCCUCACCUUUCCCCCCUCCGUGUGCUCAGCUUCUCCCCUCCCUGCCCCUCCCUCCUCCCCGCCCUGCCCCUCAUUUUCCGCCCCCCCCCCCCCCACGCCCGGUUUCUCCCCUCCCCGCGCCUCCCUUUCUUUCUCCGUGCCUCUCCUUUGCUCCCUCCCUGCCCCCGCCUGCCCAUGCCCCUGUCUUUGGCUUCUCCCCUCCCUGCCCCACGUUUCUUCCCUCCCUGCCCCCCGUCUGCCCCUCCCUUGUUUUCCCCUCACCCAUUGCUUCUCUCCUCCCUGCCCUUGAUUUCCCACACCCCUGCCCUCGUUUCCUAUCAUCCAUGCCCCUCGUUUCCCCCCUUUCCCCUGCCCGUUGCUGCCCCUCCCCUUGCCCCCUCAACUCCCCUGCCCCCCGUACACCCCAAGUCCCAUCCAACCGCCCCCACCCUCCCCCGGCUGCCCGUUUCCGCUCUCCACCCCCGCGACCGUGUGCGGCUUCCAACCGCCCAACGGUGUCACACCCCCUGCCCCCUCAUGCCAUCCGCUCCCCCCGCCCCUACCCUCCGCGUGCCCGCUCCCUUGCCGCCUCUUUUGACCCUCCCUGCCCCCCCUCGCCGUUUCCCACCGCCCGCCAUUCGCUCCUCCCCGCCCGUGCGCUCCCCUCCUUUACCUUCUCCUCCCCCCUCCCCUCCUCUGCUGCACGCCUCUUCCUUCCCCUCGCCGACCCACUCCACUCCCUGCCCCUCCUCAAUCCGCACCCUGCCCCUCGUAUCUCGCCCCCCUAUGCUUGGUUUCUCCCCUCCCUGCCCCUCGCCGCCUUUCCCCGCUCCCCACCUCCCCCCUCUCCCUGCCCCCCCCCCACUCUCCCCCCCCCUUGUCCUUGGCUUCCUACCUCCCUGCCUCACCUUUCCCCCCUCCGUGUGCUCAGCUUCUCCCCUCCCUGCCCCUCCCUCCUCCCCGCCCUGCCCCUCAUUUUCCGCCCCCCCCCCCCCACGCCCGGUUUCUCCCCUCCCCGCGCCUCCCUUUCUUUCUCCGUGCCUCUCCUUUGCUCCCUCCCUGCCCCCGCCUGCCCAUGCCCCUGUCUUUGGCUUCUCCCCUCCCUGCCCCACGUUUCUUCCCUCCCUGCCCCCCGUCUGCCCCUCCCUUGUUUUCCCCUCACCCAUUGCUUCUCUCCUCCCUGCCCUUGAUUUCCCACACCCCUGCCCUCGUUUCCUAUCAUCCAUGCCCCUCCCCCUGCCCGUUGCUGCCCCUCCCCUUGCCCCCUCAACUCCCCUGCCCCCCGUACACCCCAAGUCCCAUCCAACCGCCCCCACCCUCCCCCGGCUGCCCGUUUCCGCUCUCCACCCCCGCGACCGUGUGCGGCUUCCAACCGCCCAACGGUGCAUUACCGCCCCUCUCCCCUUAUCCCCCACCACGCCCCCAAGCAGGCCUUUCUCCCCCCAGCCUCCCGUCUCCCUGCCCUUAGUACCGCCGCGCUCUGCCCGUGCGUCACCCUUGCCCACUUCAUACCACCUCCCCCUUCUCCCCCCCCCCCGGCUUCUCCCUAUCAUCACCCGCAUGUUCCCCCACUCCCCUGUCCACAACGUCCCUCCACCCCCCUUCCUGCUUUCCCCACUCCCACUCUGCCCCCCACACCUCUACGAGCCGUACUUCCCCCUCCAGCCUCCCUUUCCCCCCCAGCUACUUCCGCAUCCAGCGUGGGCUGCACCUCUGCAUCCCGCCCUGCCAGGCCCUUCGGUGACCCAACUGCCGCCACCUGGCACCACGCCGCCUUUCCCACCCCCAUCCAAUCUCUACACCCCCUGCCCCUGCUCCCUGCGCAAUCCAGCCACCUACCCCAGCCUCCCUCUACCUCUCCCUAACUCCACACCGCCGUUCCUACCCCCAGCCAAGGUCUACACCCCUUGCUUUUGCUCCCUGGGCUGUGCCGUCCCCAACCUCCCUCCGCCUUUCCGCGGCACCAGACCGCCUCUCCCUCCCCCAGCCAACUUUUGCACCCCCUGUUCCUGCCCCUUGUGCCCUCCAACACCCUACCUCAACCCCCCCCAGUCUCCCCCUUCUCCAACACCCUCCAUAUUUCCUCCCCCCUGGGGCUCGCCCAUCCGCAGCUAUCACCCUUCAUCGAUUCCCCAAUUCCCUCUGUCCCCUGUUUCCCGGCCCCGCAUCCUAUCCUGCAUUUACCACAGCACCUCCUUUCGGUGCCCUCUCUGCCCUCCCACGUUCUCACCCCCCGCCUCCCAACCUUCUCAUUACCCGCUACCAGGCUCACGCCAACUCGACUACCCACUACCCUUUGCCCCUUCCUCUCUGUUCCCCACCCUUCCUUUCCCACCUGGCUCCACCUGCCCACCCCCACCUCCCGUGGAAUUCUGCCCUGCCCUCCCCACCUCUGGCCCACCACCUGUCCCCACACCCUGCUCACCCACCGCUACACCACCCCCGCCCCCCCACCUCCACUACAGCCCGCCAACACUUCCCCUCUCAAUCGGCCCCCAGCCCGCCCCCCCCCUUGGGCCCCAAUCCCCUCCAACUGGAGUUCCUUCCCCCUUUGACGCCCUCUUGAGCCAACCCCAGCAACUCACACCGCCACCGCCAGGCAUGCUGCCUCUAGCCAGGGGGGAACUUGCAGCUGACACUGCACGGGAAGGGGUAAGUGAGUUUGUGUGUGAAGGAGCAGCAGAGGCUACAGAGGAUGGGGCAGCAAAGGCUGCACGGGAAGGGGCAAUGGGGGUUGUGGGGGAAGGGGCAGCAGAGGCUGCAGAGGAAAGGGCAGCAGAGGCUGCAAGGGAAGGGGCAGCAGCGGCUGCACGGGAAAGGGCGGCAGGGGCUGCACGGGAAGGGGCGGCAGGGACCGUGACUCUGGCCAGGCAAAGGGCAGAGGCCAUGGAGACAGGUUUUGCAGGAGUAGGGGCCACGGAACCUGCUGCUGCGUCGGCUGGGGGAACCGCAGCAGAGGAGGCUAUAGGGACCGCACCAGUCGAGGCUGCAAGGACUGCAGCAGGAGCGACAGAGGCCACAGCGGGGGCUGGUAUAGGGGGAGGUGCUACGGGUGCAGCGGGGAAGGGGGUAACGGGGACUGGUGCGAGGGAGAGUGCCGCCCCGGCUGUAGCAAGAGAGGGUACGGCAGGGGCCUCAAAGGCAGAAGGUGAGGCUGCAGCUGAAGCAGCAGGGAGGGCCAUAGCACGGCCAGUAGGGGCGGCAGGGGCCGCAGCAAACUCGGGGAAACACACAGCAGGGCCGGCAGGGCCGGCAGAGACUGCAAAAGGGGCUAGCAGUAAAGCGGCAGCAGGCGGGGUGGGCUUGGGGGACAUAGGGGCAACAGGGGAAGGAGAGGGGAGGGUGGUCCCGACCGGGGUGGGCACUGAAGAGGGGGAUGUGAUAGCGAUAGAGGAGGAUGAGGGAGAGGAUGUGAUGCACAUUGACGGGCCACUGGCCCAAUACCUCACGCUUGACGGUGAGGCCGACCCGGCCCCCCUGCAGCCUCACGUCGAGGUUCCCCCUCUACCCCCCAUGCCCGUCCCCAUGCUAGCAGAAGGACCGAUGGAGGGGCUGGGGGAGACCUUGAGGACAGAGCCGCGCGAGGGAGCCCCCAUCCUCACCUCCCGUCCUCCAGCCCACCAGCCCCCAGGAGCACCACUUCCCCACCCCCACCCUCAGGUCCCGGUAGUGUCCAGGGGGGCAGCCAAGGCCCUGGCCUUCUUGGCGGAGCCGUGCUCCCCGACCCCCACGCUGCUCCAUGGCCAGCCCCCCUCUCCGUCCCCAACGCCUGACCCCACGGUUGCAGGCGGUCCACCGGGAGAGCACGCGGGUGCGACAAGAGCAGAGUCACCCGAGGGCACCCCUUCUCUCACCUCUCACCCCUCCCCGCCCCUUCCCUCACUCCUUCCUUCACCCCCAAGGGCAGCACACCUCUGCCCCCACCCUCAGGGGCUCCUUAGAGCACCACGUGGAGCAGCCAGGGCUCUGGUCUUCCUAGAGGAGCCAUGCUCCCCGACUCCUACCAACACCCAGCCACCCCUUACCGGCCCACUACCCCCUCCUCCACCAGGCCCCCCCCCACCCGGUAGUACACACAUCUCGGAGGUUGAAGCAUCUCUGCGGCCAAAUCCCUCUCCCACACGCUACAGGCACCCAAACCACCCGAGUCGCCGCACAGCCCCAACACGCCCACCCAACAGGCUGCCCUCCCCACACCACCCCCCCCAGGCAGCCGAGACCCACCCGCAAGGGCUUGCGCCCCAGGCUCAUGGGAGCGGCGGCACCCGGGUAGAGGGGCCCACAGGAGAGGCCACCACAGAGCCCACACAAAUCUCUCUCCCCCCACCGUUUGUACCUCGCUCUAACCUCCACACUGGCCCAGCCCCUCGACCCCCACCUCCAACCCCCUCUCCCGGCCGGGUUCCCCACGAGUGGCCCCGUUGGGCAGCCAUCACCCCCCACACACAGCUUGCCCGAUCUGUUCCCACGGAGGGGGAUGUUUCGAGGAGAGUGGGGAUGCACACAGAGCACCCCCUGCCUGGCGAACCACCCAUCCUCCCUCCACCCACCCCUUUGGCCCCACAGCCCCCCCUUCCUUCACAAACAGGCGCGGACAACCAGGUUGGCCGCCGGCGGAAGAACAGGGGCAGAGGAGGCAGAGGGUCAGCCCACGUACUCCCCCCUCCCUCCCUCCCCCACCAAGAGCCCCUCCCCACCUCACAUCCCGUUGAACAAUUACCAGGCCCUACCUCUACAGCCCGUCCACCAAACCUACACUCCCGCCCCGCUCCUGCACCUCCACAGGGCCAUGGGAGCGGACCAGCCCACUCACCCCCAUUCUGCCCCUCCCGUGCUGUGUCCCCCUCCCAGGUGGCGGCGGCCGCGAUCGCUACUGGGAGGGGGGCCGUCGGGUUGAGGGAUGCGCCCAUGGCAGACGCCACCGACUCCCCCUCCCAUCCCUCCCACCCCUUCCAUGUCGACGACCCCCUACCGCAACCCAUGGUGAUUGGGGAGGGCCAAGGGGGCCUUCUAGGGCAGGGUCCACACCCGAGCUCCGCUCAGCCAGCACGCCCCACUCCACCCUCUACCCUGCCAGCCCUCCUACUCUCACCUACAGGCAGGCAGGUCUUCGAGACCCCAGAGGAGGUGAGGGCUGGCAUUUCAGAUUUGCUGGCGAUACACCGCCUGAGCAGCUCUCCGGCUGCCCCCACCCUUCCAGUCCCACAGGACCGGACCCGGACGUAUGCGGAGGUCACCCGGUCUGUCCCUUCUUUUAUCCCCCCCGCCACUCAGCCAGGCGCGUCACUCCCGACCCCAAUGGAGACGGACCGGGGUCUGAGGCCGUGUCACUCGCACCUAGACGGGGUGGCGCCUCCCCCCGUUCAGCCCGUGGCGCAGGAGGUCACCAGCAGUAGGGAUGAGGCAUCCGCCCCUACCGAGACCCCUCCGCCUGGGGUAGCAGAGCCGUCACUUGAACCGCACCCCGCCGAGGGGCAGGAGCACACCACGGCACACACUUCAGGCUCACCUCCACGUCCCCCCUCCCCAGCUUCAACACCGGUGCCGGCACGAGGCCCGGCCCUAUCCUGUGCGACACCACCUCUAUCUUCGCUGACACCCCCCCCGCGCGGGGCUGGUGAGUCGUCUCCUCCCCUCAUCCCAGGCGAUCCUGUCGGAGCUCAGGCCGCCCACGGGGUCCCCUCUACAGCCAGUUCCGACGCCACGGCCCCGAUUGACCCCGCCGACACGGCGACAUCACCCGACCAGGUCGUGAGUUGCCCCACCUGCAGGAGCUCUCUCGCGAACCGACGCGCGCUCCAGCACCACAUUCCCUUCUGCCAUCCUGCGGACGCGGCUCGCAGGGCGCAGGCUGCCCAUGAUACCGCCUCGAUCAUCCCUUCCCUCUCACAGCCCCGUGCGACCGGGAUGCAGUUCACCGACGCACAGUGGCAGACGCUCGACUCGGUGGACUGGACAGAGUACUUCUCGCCCGAGCGUAUCCAUACACGCCCUCUCCGACGUGUCCCGGAGAGGGUCCGCGGAGGAUAUCUUGACGUCCUCAGUGCGAUCCUAGUCCGCAUUGCCCAGGACCCGGAGGCUGCUGGCCCUACCUUCCUCCUCGCUGCAGCGCCGACUCUUUUCCUUGUUCCAGCGACGCCACCCGACCGCUCGCACACGGCUGCCAUUGCAACGCGCAUCUCUCGCUUUGGUCGAGGUGAGUGGGCUGAGCUAGUCUCAGAUGCACUAGGCCGUCGCACACCCCUUCCUCGCCGCACAGGUCACCGGUCACGCACCGCCACCGAUCCCUCUGCAGCAGAUGAGCGCCGCAUUGCACGUUGCCUUCGUCUGGCAGCGUGCAAUGAGACCUCACGGGCGUGCGCGGCUCUCGAGUCCGCGGAGGCAGCCCCAGAUACACAGGGGACGAUACAGCGCCUGCAGUCGAAGCACCCCAACGCGGAGAGGCCGACCCCAGCUUGGCUGUCUGGCUUCCAGGGGUCCCCUCUCGUGCUCUCGGUGGAUCACUUACGCCGCGCGAUUUUCACAGCUCCGCGGGGCUCUUCGGGAGGACCGUCCGGUUGGGUCGCUGAGCACCUGCGAGACACUUUCCUAGCUUUCCCUCAGAGUCUCCAUUUCCUCCUGGCCGUGUACCAGCAGUGGCUCCGAGGCCGUUGCGCUCCAGCUGCGCGCUCCUUGCUAGCGUCCUCCACCCUCGUGGCUCUGGCGAAGUCGAACAUGGAUGUUCGGCCGAUUGCCAUCGGCGAGGUUUUGGUCCGCAUUCUUUCUCGGGCAGUUUGUCUCCAGCUACGUGACCAGAUGGCGAGGGUCUUCUUGGCAUCACAGCAGUUUGGGGUGGGGGUUACGUGCGGGACAGAGGUCGUAGUUAGAGGCGUCCGCCGCGCUCUGGCUGACCACCCAGACUGGGUGGUCCUGCAGCUAGACGUGGCGAAUGCCUUUAACUCUUUCCACCGAGACAGGAUGUUUCAGGCGCUGCAGGCCAGUCCGGAGUUUCAGUGUCUGAUCCCCUUCAUCGGCCUCUUCUACGGGACGCCCUCGGAUCUCCACUACAGGUCAGGCACGGGAGUGGUCACGAUGCACUCGGAGCGGGGCACUCGCCAGGGAGACCCUCUCAGCCCCUUCUUGUACGCUCUGACACAGCGUCUUGCUUUGGAGCCGGUUCUGGCGGAGGGGGAUGUCCAGCUCUGGUCGUACGCCGAUGACACGUACGUGCUAGGUCCCCCAGACAGGGUGCUGCACCAUUUUGCCGAGAUCGUGAGGCGCUUGGGCGAGAUGGGCCUUGCAGCCCAGCCGCACAAGUGCCUCGUCUACCAGACAGAGUCCUUUCUGUCCAGGGAUCUGGAGGCUUUCACGGGCCUAGGGAUCGAGGUCGCACGCCGAGGGCUCACCGUGACAGGCGUACCGGUAGGCACCGUUUCGUUCGUGGAGCAGAGUCUCCCGGAUCGUCUCGAGAGGAUGGGGCGGGUGCUACCUUGGCUUCCGAGGUUGCGCCAGCCCCAGACAGCUGCCCGCCUUCUUUCGGCGUGUGUCAGCACUCGUCCGCAGUACCUGUCGAGGACCGUCCCUCCUUCGCCCGCAGUGAUCUCCAGUUUUACACGGUGGGACGCACGCCUGGGAGAGACUUUUCAGCAGCUUUUAGCUUCAGGGACCUGGGCUUGUCGCGAGGACGUCCGAGAGGCCGCCCUAGACCAGAUCUUCCUCCCCAUCCGUCUCGGGGGUUUCGGCAUUCGUCGCAUGGCGCGCAUGGCCCCGGUGAGUUUCGUGUGCUCCUGGGUGCAGUGUGCACCCAUUCUCUGUUCUCUCCCUGCGUGUGGCGAGGUGUUUCGGCAGAGCUUCGCUUCAGGUGAGCCAGAGCAGAUCGACCGGGCUCUGCAGACGGCGCUAGAGGGUCUCCCUCCUGACGUUCUCUCUCUCCUUCCCCCCUGGCCCUCUUGCGCUUCUGCCUCCCCCGAUUCCCUUUUUGCAGGAGCGAGCCGUCUUCUGGAGGCGCAUGCCUUGGAGGCCGUGCGUGCCCGUCACACCUCUCCCUUGCACCUUGCCCGUUUGACUUCCCUUCAGGGCGGAGGUGCAGGAGCGUGGUUGACGUCGGUGCCGUACGCCGACCCACUGCGCAUCCCGGAGGCGCUGUGGCAGGCGGCUUCAUCUUCUCGUCUUGGUCUCCCUAUCCCCCAGUUAGCCCUUGCAGGUCAGUGCUCCUGCGGACAGGCGAUUGACGACAUGACGGUGCCUCAUCACGCGGUUCGGUGCCCGCGUUACGGGGUCGCCACUACCAUCCACGACACGGUGAAGUACAUGCUUCGAGACUUUGCGGUCGAGGCGGGCUUCGCGGUAAAGGUGGAGGACUCUACGCUGUUCACACAGUUGGAGGCGGCUCGAGCGAGACUACUGGGACAGCCAGUGGUGGGAGAGGGGACACGGGCUGAGGGACCGGGGGAGCGGAGAGGCGAGGCGGGACAGCCGGGUGGCGGGGGACAGUGGGGACGGCACCAGCUGCGGGGUCAGGUGGAGCGAGGGACAGGUGGGCAGAGGGGACGGCAGGGGGAGCAGACGGGCCAGGACGGGGAGGGGGGACGGCACAGGCAGCAGCAGGAGAGCCAGUGGAGGCCGCGGGCCCAGGGCGCCGCGCCUCCAGGUUCGGCCUCGGGGGCGGGGCAGGGGCGGGAGCAGCAGAGAGCGGACGGAGGUACAGGAGGGGCAGCGGGAUUGGGAGGGGAGGGCCAGGGAGUGAGAGAGGCAGCAGGGGAUGGAGCAGGGGGGUCGGGAGGUUUGGGGGAGGGUAGGGAGGGGGAGGGGAGAGGACAGGUGGAUGGAGGAGAGGAGAGGGGGAGAGAGACGAUCGGAGAGGGGGCACCAAGGGACCAGACAGGGCAGCAGCCAGCGCAACAGCAGGGACCAGUCGGACGCACAGGCCGUGUAGGCACCGCCUCCCGCAUUCCAGACCUCACCUGCCGCGACGUUGGCCAGGGUCUGAUGGUUCUUGUGGAUGUCUCCAUAGCGGAUCCACAGCGGGAGGGGAACGUGCAGCUGAGACGGGCGACCCCCACACAGAUUGGAGUGGCAGCAGCUAGGCGGGUGCAGGAGAAGCUGCGUCACUGGGGGCCGCACUUAGAGGGGCUGCAGCCGGCACCACACUUUUACGCGUGCGUGGCGGAGACCUUUGGCCUUCUGAGUGAGCCGCUGCGUCAGUUUCUGGGGCUCUGCGCAAAGAGGAUAGCACAGCGGAGGAGGGAUAGAGGUGGGGGGGAUGACGGAUCGGCACGGAUAUUUGAGGCAGGACUCACUACACGCCUCUCCGUUGCACUGCAGCGCGCGCAGGCUCAAUGCAUGAUCCAGCAUGCGGUGCGGCAGUUAGGGAGUCACACCCCCUGCCCCCUCAUGCCAUCCGCUCCCCCCGCCCCUACCCUCCGCGUGCCCGCUCCCUUGCCGCCUCUUUUGACCCUCCCUGCCCCCCCUCGCCGUUUCCCACCGCCCGCCAUUCGCUCCUCCCCGCCCGUGCGCUCCCCUCGUUUACCUUCUCCUCCCCCCUCCCCUCCUCUGCUGCACGCCUCUUCCUUCCCCUCGCCGACCCACUCCACUCCCUGCCCCUCCUCAAUCCGCACCCUGCCCCUCGUAUCUCGCCCCCCUAUGCUUGGUUUCUCCCCUCCCUGCCCCUCGCCGCCUUUCUCCGCUCCCCACCUCCCCCCUCUCCCUGCCCCCCCCACUCUCCCCACCCUUGCCCUUGGCUUCCUACCUCCCUGCCUCACCUUUCCCCCCUCUGUGUGCUCAGCUUCUCCCCUCCCUGCCCCUCCCUCCUCCCCGCCCUGCCCCUCAGUUUUCCGCCCCCCCCCCCACGCCCGGUUUCUCCCCUCCCCGCGCCUCCCUUUCUUUCUCCGUGCCUCUCCUCUGCUCCCUCCCUGCCCCCGCCUGCCCAUGCCCCUGUCUUUGGCUUCUCCCCUCCCUGCCCCACGUUUCUUCCCUCCCUGCCCACCCCCUCUGCCCCUCCCUUGUUUUCCCCUCACCCAUUGCUUCUCUCCCUCCCUGCCCUUGAUUUCCCGCACCCCUGCCCUUGUUUCCUAUCCAUCCAUGCCCCUCGUUUCCCCCCCUUUGUACGUUCAGCCUCUUCCCUCCCUGCCCCUCCCUUCCUCCCCCCCUGCCCUUUGCUCUCCCCUCGUUACGCUCCCUUCUCCCCAUCCCUGCUGCCCUCUUACCACCAUCAGCCCAUCCCCACCACCAGCCCCCCUCCCACCCUUCAAUCCCCCCCUCCCUCUCUCUCUCUCUCUCUCUCUCUCUCUCUCUUUCUCACACACACACACACGCACACUCCCCUCCCCCACCCCCCCCCACCUACAUCCUCCCAUUCUGCCCCUCCCUGCCCCUUUCCCACCCCCUCGCACGCCCCUCACCUCCCACCUCCGUGCAACUGGUUUCCCCCCCUAUGGUGCCACCCUUGCAUCGCUCGCCCCUCUGCUCACCCUCUGCCCGCCCCUUUUCCGUGCCCUCAGUUGGCCCAGCCCCUGCCCGUUGCUGCCCCUCCCCUUGCCCCCUCAACUCCCCUGCCCCCCGUACACCCCAAGUCCCAUCCAACCGCCCCCACCCUCCCCCGGCUGCCCGUUUCCGCUCUCCACCCCCGCGACCGUGUGCGGCUUCCAACCGCCCAACGGUGGUGCGCACGGGGCGUUUCUUCGCAUGGGCAAGCCUCCCCGGGGGCCCCCCACCCCGCUGGGUCGUUCCCAGUACUGCUCUCGCCCACCGGCGCUUAGCUUCGGAGUUCUGAUGGGAUCCGGCGUAGUAGCCGAGUCACACCCCCUGCCCCCUCAUGCCAUCCGCUCCCCCCGCCCCUACCCUCCGCGUGCCCGCUCCCUUGCCGCCUCUUUUGACCCUCCCUGCCCCCCCUCGCCGUUUCCCACCGCCCGCCAUUCGCUCCUCCCCGCCCGUGCGCUCCCCUCGUUUACCUUCUCCUCCCCCCUCCCCUCCUCUGCUGCACGCCUCUUCCUUCCCCUCGCCGACCCACUCCACUCCCUGCCCCUCCUCAAUCCGCACCCUGCCCCUCGUAUCUCGCCCCCCUAUGCUUGGUUUCUCCCCUCCCUGCCCCUCGCCGCCUUUCUCCGCCCCCCACCUCCCCCCUCUCCCUGCCCCCCCCACUCUCCCCACCCUUGCCCUUGGCUUCCUACCUCCCUGCCCCACCUUUCCCCCCUCUGUGUGCUCAGCUUCUCCCCUCCCUGCCCCUCCCUCCUCCCCGCCCUGCCCCUCGUUUUCCGCCCCCCCCACGCCCGGUUUCUCCCCUCCCCGCGCCUCCCUUUCUUUCUCCGUGCCUCUCCUCUGCUCCCUCCCUGCCCCCGCCUGCCCAUGCCCCUGUCUUUGGCUUCUCCCCUCCCUGCCCCACGUUUCUUCCCUCCCUGCCCACCCCCUCUGCCCCUCCCUUGUUUUCCCCUCACCCAUUGCUUCUCUCCCUCCCUGCCCUUGAUUUCCCGCACCCCUGCCCUUGUUUCCUACCAUCCAUGCCCCUCGUUUCCCCCCCUUUGUACGUUCAGCCUCUUCCCUCCCUGCCCCUCCCUUCCUCCCCCCCUGCCCUUUGCUCUCCCCUCGUUACGCUCCCUUCUCCCCAUCCCUGCUGCCCUCUUACCACCAUCAGCCCAUCCCCACCACCAGCCCCCCUCCCACCCUUCUCUCCCCCCCUCCCUCUCUCUCUCUCUCUCUCUCUCUUUCUCACACACACACACACGCACACUCCCCUCCCCCACCCCCCCCACCCACAUCCUCCCAUUCUGCCCCUCCCUGCCCCUUUCCCACCCCCUCGCACGCCCCUCACCUCCCACCUCCGUGCAACUGGUUUCCCCCCCCUAUGGUGCCUCCCUUGCAUCGCUCGCCCCUCUGCUCACCCUCUGCCCGCCCCUUUUCCGUGCCCUCAGCUGGCCCAGCCCCUGCCCGUUGCUGCCCCUCCCCUUGCCCCCUCAACUCCCCUGCCCCCCGUACACCCCAAGUCCCAUCCAACCGCCCCCACCCUCCCCCGGCUGCCCGUUUCCGCUCUCCACCCCCGCGACCGUGUGCGGCUUCCAACCGCCCAACGGUGGUGCGCACGGGGCGUUUCUUCGCACUGGGCAAGCCUCCCCGGGGGCCCCCCACCCCGCUGGGUCGUUCAUUACCGCCCCUCUCCCCUUAUCCCCCACCACGCCCCCAAGCAGGCCUUUCUCCCCCCAGCCUCCCGUCUCCCUGCCCUUAGUACCGCCGCGCUCUGCCCGUGCGUCACCCUUGCCCACUUCAUACCACCUCCCCCUUCUCCCCCCCCCCCGGCUUCUCCCUAUCAUCACCCGCAUGUUCCCCCACUCCCCUGUCCACAACGUCCCUCCACCCCCCUUCCUGCUUUCCCCACUCCCACUCUGCCCCCCACACCUCUACGAGCCGUACUUCCCCCUCCAGCCUCCCUUUCCCCCCCAGCUACUUCCGCAUCCAGCGUGGGCUGCACCUCUGCAUCCCGCCCUGCCAGGCCCUUCGGUGACCCAACUGCCGCCACCUGGCACCACGCCGCCUUUCCCACCCCCAUCCAAUCUCUACACCCCCUGCCCCUGCUCCCUGCGCAAUCCAGCCACCUACCCCAGCCUCCCUCUACCUCUCCCUAACUCCACACCGCCGUUCCUACCCCCAGCCAAGGUCUACACCCCUUGCUUUUGCUCCCUGGGCUGUGCCGUCCCCAACCUCCCUCCGCCUUUCCGCGGCACCAGACCGCCUCUCCCUCCCCCAGCCAACUUUUGCACCCCCUGUUCCUGCCCCUUGUGCCCUCCAACACCCUACCUCAACCCCCCCCAGUCUCCCCCUUCUCCAACACCCUCCAUAUUUCCUCCCCCCUGGGGCUCGCCCAUCCGCAGCUAUCACCCUUCAUCGAUUCCCCAAUUCCCUCUGUCCCCUGUUUCCCGGCCCCGCAUCCUAUCCUGCAUUUACCACAGCACCUCCUUUCGGUGCCCUCUCUGCCCUCCCACGUUCUCACCCCCCGCCUCCCAACCUUCUCAUUACCCGCUACCAGGCUCACGCCAACUCGACUACCCACUACCCUUUGCCCCUUCCUCUCUGUUCCCCACCCUUCCUUUCCCACCUGGCUCCACCUGCCCACCCCCACCUCCCGUGGAAUUCUGCCCUGCCCUCCCCACCUCUGGCCCACCACCUGUCCCCACACCCUGCUCACCCACCGCUACACCACCCCCGCCCCCCCACCUCCACUACAGCCCGCCAACACUUCCCCUCUCAAUCGGCCCCCAGCCCGCCCCCCCCUUGGGCCCCAAUCCCCUCCAACUGUCAGGCCCCCUCUACCCUCUCUUCCACCCACUGCGCACCGCUUUCCCCACCCUUUUCCCCUUUCCCCAAGCUAACCCCCCGCACCCCGGCCUCUGCCAGGGAGUUCCUUCCCCCUUUGACGCCCUCUUGAGCCAACCCCAGCAACUCACACCGCCACCGCCAGGCAUGCUGCCUCUAGCCAGGGGGGAACUUGCAGCUGACACUGCACGGGAAGGGGUAAGUGAGUUUGUGUGUGAAGGAGCAGCAGAGGCUACAGAGGAUGGGGCAGCAAAGGCUGCACGGGAAGGGGCAAUGGGGGUUGUGGGGGAAGGGGCAGCAGAGGCUGCAGAGGAAAGGGCAGCAGAGGCUGCAAGGGAAGGGGCAGCAGCGGCUGCACGGGAAAGGGCGGCAGGGGCUGCACGGGAAGGGGCGGCAGGGACCGUGACUCUGGCCAGGCAAAGGGCAGAGGCCAUGGAGACAGGUUUUGCAGGAGUAGGGGCCACGGAACCUGCUGCUGCGUCGGCUGGGGGAACCGCAGCAGAGGAGGCUAUAGGGACCGCACCAGUCGAGGCUGCAAGGACUGCAGCAGGAGCGACAGAGGCCACAGCGGGGGCUGGUAUAGGGGGAGGUGCUACGGGUGCAGCGGGGAAGGGGGUAACGGGGACUGGUGCGAGGGAGAGUGCCGCCCCGGCUGUAGCAAGAGAGGGUACGGCAGGGGCCUCAAAGGCAGAAGGUGAGGCUGCAGCUGAAGCAGCAGGGAGGGCCAUAGCACGGCCAGUAGGGGCGGCAGGGGCCGCAGCAAACUCGGGGAAACACACAGCAGGGCCGGCAGGGCCGGCAGAGACUGCAAAAGGGGCUAGCAGUAAAGCGGCAGCAGGCGGGGUGGGCUUGGGGGACAUAGGGGCAACAGGGGAAGGAGAGGGGAGGGUGGUCCCGACCGGGGUGGGCACUGAAGAGGGGGAUGUGAUAGCGAUAGAGGAGGAUGAGGGAGAGGAUGUGAUGCACAUUGACGGGCCACUGGCCCAAUACCUCACGCUUGACGGUGAGGCCGACCCGGCCCCCCUGCAGCCUCACGUCGAGGUUCCCCCUCUACCCCCCAUGCCCGUCCCCAUGCUAGCAGAAGGACCGAUGGAGGGGCUGGGGGAGACCUUGAGGACAGAGCCGCGCGAGGGAGCCCCCAUCCUCACCUCCCGUCCUCCAGCCCACCAGCCCCCAGGAGCACCACUUCCCCACCCCCACCCUCAGGUCCCGGUAGUGUCCAGGGGGGCAGCCAAGGCCCUGGCCUUCUUGGCGGAGCCGUGCUCCCCGACCCCCACGCUGCUCCAUGGCCAGCCCCCCUCUCCGUCCCCAACGCCUGACCCCACGGUUGCAGGCGGUCCACCGGGAGAGCACGCGGGUGCGACAAGAGCAGAGUCACCCGAGGGCACCCCUUCUCUCACCUCUCACCCCUCCCCGCCCCUUCCCUCACUCCUUCCUUCACCCCCAAGGGCAGCACACCUCUGCCCCCACCCUCAGGGGCUCCUUAGAGCACCACGUGGAGCAGCCAGGGCUCUGGUCUUCCUAGAGGAGCCAUGCUCCCCGACUCCUACCAACACCCAGCCACCCCUUACCGGCCCACUACCCCCUCCUCCACCAGGCCCCCCCCCACCCGGUAGUACACACAUCUCGGAGGUUGAAGCAUCUCUGCGGCCAAAUCCCUCUCCCACACGCUACAGGCACCCAAACCACCCGAGUCGCCGCACAGCCCCAACACGCCCACCCAACAGGCUGCCCUCCCCACACCACCCCCCCCAGGCAGCCGAGACCCACCCGCAAGGGCUUGCGCCCCAGGCUCAUGGGAGCGGCGGCACCCGGGUAGAGGGGCCCACAGGAGAGGCCACCACAGAGCCCACACAAAUCUCUCUCCCCCCACCGUUUGUACCUCGCUCUAACCUCCACACUGGCCCAGCCCCUCGACCCCCACCUCCAACCCCCUCUCCCGGCCGGGUUCCCCACGAGUGGCCCCGUUGGGCAGCCAUCACCCCCCACACACAGCUUGCCCGAUCUGUUCCCACGGAGGGGGAUGUUUCGAGGAGAGUGGGGAUGCACACAGAGCACCCCCUGCCUGGCGAACCACCCAUCCUCCCUCCACCCACCCCUUUGGCCCCACAGCCCCCCCUUCCUUCACAAACAGGCGCGGACAACCAGGUUGGCCGCCGGCGGAAGAACAGGGGCAGAGGAGGCAGAGGGUCAGCCCACGUACUCCCCCCUCCCUCCCUCCCCCACCAAGAGCCCCUCCCCACCUCACAUCCCGUUGAACAAUUACCAGGCCCUACCUCUACAGCCCGUCCACCAAACCUACACUCCCGCCCCGCUCCUGCACCUCCACAGGGCCAUGGGAGCGGACCAGCCCACUCACCCCCAUUCUGCCCCUCCCGUGCUGUGUCCCCCUCCCAGGUGGCGGCGGCCGCGAUCGCUACUGGGAGGGGGGCCGUCGGGUUGAGGGAUGCGCCCAUGGCAGACGCCACCGACUCCCCCUCCCAUCCCUCCCACCCCUUCCAUGUCGACGACCCCCUACCGCAACCCAUGGUGAUUGGGGAGGGCCAAGGGGGCCUUCUAGGGCAGGGUCCACACCCGAGCUCCGCUCAGCCAGCACGCCCCACUCCACCCUCUACCCUGCCAGCCCUCCUACUCUCACCUACAGGCAGGCAGGUCUUCGAGACCCCAGAGGAGGUGAGGGCUGGCAUUUCAGAUUUGCUGGCGAUACACCGCCUGAGCAGCUCUCCGGCUGCCCCCACCCUUCCAGUCCCACAGGACCGGACCCGGACGUAUGCGGAGGUCACCCGGUCUGUCCCUUCUUUUAUCCCCCCCGCCACUCAGCCAGGCGCGUCACUCCCGACCCCAAUGGAGACGGACCGGGGUCUGAGGCCGUGUCACUCGCACCUAGACGGGGUGGCGCCUCCCCCCGUUCAGCCCGUGGCGCAGGAGGUCACCAGCAGUAGGGAUGAGGCAUCCGCCCCUACCGAGACCCCUCCGCCUGGGGUAGCAGAGCCGUCACUUGAACCGCACCCCGCCGAGGGGCAGGAGCACACCACGGCACACACUUCAGGCUCACCUCCACGUCCCCCCUCCCCAGCUUCAACACCGGUGCCGGCACGAGGCCCGGCCCUAUCCUGUGCGACACCACCUCUAUCUUCGCUGACACCCCCCCCGCGCGGGGCUGGUGAGUCGUCUCCUCCCCUCAUCCCAGGCGAUCCUGUCGGAGCUCAGGCCGCCCACGGGGUCCCCUCUACAGCCAGUUCCGACGCCACGGCCCCGAUUGACCCCGCCGACACGGCGACAUCACCCGACCAGGUCGUGAGUUGCCCCACCUGCAGGAGCUCUCUCGCGAACCGACGCGCGCUCCAGCACCACAUUCCCUUCUGCCAUCCUGCGGACGCGGCUCGCAGGGCGCAGGCUGCCCAUGAUACCGCCUCGAUCAUCCCUUCCCUCUCACAGCCCCGUGCGACCGGGAUGCAGUUCACCGACGCACAGUGGCAGACGCUCGACUCGGUGGACUGGACAGAGUACUUCUCGCCCGAGCGUAUCCAUACACGCCCUCUCCGACGUGUCCCGGAGAGGGUCCGCGGAGGAUAUCUUGACGUCCUCAGUGCGAUCCUAGUCCGCAUUGCCCAGGACCCGGAGGCUGCUGGCCCUACCUUCCUCCUCGCUGCAGCGCCGACUCUUUUCCUUGUUCCAGCGACGCCACCCGACCGCUCGCACACGGCUGCCAUUGCAACGCGCAUCUCUCGCUUUGGUCGAGGUGAGUGGGCUGAGCUAGUCUCAGAUGCACUAGGCCGUCGCACACCCCUUCCUCGCCGCACAGGUCACCGGUCACGCACCGCCACCGAUCCCUCUGCAGCAGAUGAGCGCCGCAUUGCACGUUGCCUUCGUCUGGCAGCGUGCAAUGAGACCUCACGGGCGUGCGCGGCUCUCGAGUCCGCGGAGGCAGCCCCAGAUACACAGGGGACGAUACAGCGCCUGCAGUCGAAGCACCCCAACGCGGAGAGGCCGACCCCAGCUUGGCUGUCUGGCUUCCAGGGGUCCCCUCUCGUGCUCUCGGUGGAUCACUUACGCCGCGCGAUUUUCACAGCUCCGCGGGGCUCUUCGGGAGGACCGUCCGGUUGGGUCGCUGAGCACCUGCGAGACACUUUCCUAGCUUUCCCUCAGAGUCUCCAUUUCCUCCUGGCCGUGUACCAGCAGUGGCUCCGAGGCCGUUGCGCUCCAGCUGCGCGCUCCUUGCUAGCGUCCUCCACCCUCGUGGCUCUGGCGAAGUCGAACAUGGAUGUUCGGCCGAUUGCCAUCGGCGAGGUUUUGGUCCGCAUUCUUUCUCGGGCAGUUUGUCUCCAGCUACGUGACCAGAUGGCGAGGGUCUUCUUGGCAUCACAGCAGUUUGGGGUGGGGGUUACGUGCGGGACAGAGGUCGUAGUUAGAGGCGUCCGCCGCGCUCUGGCUGACCACCCAGACUGGGUGGUCCUGCAGCUAGACGUGGCGAAUGCCUUUAACUCUUUCCACCGAGACAGGAUGUUUCAGGCGCUGCAGGCCAGUCCGGAGUUUCAGUGUCUGAUCCCCUUCAUCGGCCUCUUCUACGGGACGCCCUCGGAUCUCCACUACAGGUCAGGCACGGGAGUGGUCACGAUGCACUCGGAGCGGGGCACUCGCCAGGGAGACCCUCUCAGCCCCUUCUUGUACGCUCUGACACAGCGUCUUGCUUUGGAGCCGGUUCUGGCGGAGGGGGAUGUCCAGCUCUGGUCGUACGCCGAUGACACGUACGUGCUAGGUCCCCCAGACAGGGUGCUGCACCAUUUUGCCGAGAUCGUGAGGCGCUUGGGCGAGAUGGGCCUUGCAGCCCAGCCGCACAAGUGCCUCGUCUACCAGACAGAGUCCUUUCUGUCCAGGGAUCUGGAGGCUUUCACGGGCCUAGGGAUCGAGGUCGCACGCCGAGGGCUCACCGUGACAGGCGUACCGGUAGGCACCGUUUCGUUCGUGGAGCAGAGUCUCCCGGAUCGUCUCGAGAGGAUGGGGCGGGUGCUACCUUGGCUUCCGAGGUUGCGCCAGCCCCAGACAGCUGCCCGCCUUCUUUCGGCGUGUGUCAGCACUCGUCCGCAGUACCUGUCGAGGACCGUCCCUCCUUCGCCCGCAGUGAUCUCCAGUUUUACACGGUGGGACGCACGCCUGGGAGAGACUUUUCAGCAGCUUUUAGCUUCAGGGACCUGGGCUUGUCGCGAGGACGUCCGAGAGGCCGCCCUAGACCAGAUCUUCCUCCCCAUCCGUCUCGGGGGUUUCGGCAUUCGUCGCAUGGCGCGCAUGGCCCCGGUGAGUUUCGUGUGCUCCUGGGUGCAGUGUGCACCCAUUCUCUGUUCUCUCCCUGCGUGUGGCGAGGUGUUUCGGCAGAGCUUCGCUUCAGGUGAGCCAGAGCAGAUCGACCGGGCUCUGCAGACGGCGCUAGAGGGUCUCCCUCCUGACGUUCUCUCUCUCCUUCCCCCCUGGCCCUCUUGCGCUUCUGCCUCCCCCGAUUCCCUUUUUGCAGGAGCGAGCCGUCUUCUGGAGGCGCAUGCCUUGGAGGCCGUGCGUGCCCGUCACACCUCUCCCUUGCACCUUGCCCGUUUGACUUCCCUUCAGGGCGGAGGUGCAGGAGCGUGGUUGACGUCGGUGCCGUACGCCGACCCACUGCGCAUCCCGGAGGCGCUGUGGCAGGCGGCUUCAUCUUCUCGUCUUGGUCUCCCUAUCCCCCAGUUAGCCCUUGCAGGUCAGUGCUCCUGCGGACAGGCGAUUGACGACAUGACGGUGCCUCAUCACGCGGUUCGGUGCCCGCGUUACGGGGUCGCCACUACCAUCCACGACACGGUGAAGUACAUGCUUCGAGACUUUGCGGUCGAGGCGGGCUUCGCGGUAAAGGUGGAGGACUCUACGCUGUUCACACAGUUGGAGGCGGCUCGAGCGAGACUACUGGGACAGCCAGUGGUGGGAGAGGGGACACGGGCUGAGGGACCGGGGGAGCGGAGAGGCGAGGCGGGACAGCCGGGUGGCGGGGGACAGUGGGGACGGCACCAGCUGCGGGGUCAGGUGGAGCGAGGGACAGGUGGGCAGAGGGGACGGCAGGGGGAGCAGACGGGCCAGGACGGGGAGGGGGGACGGCACAGGCAGCAGCAGGAGAGCCAGUGGAGGCCGCGGGCCCAGGGCGCCGCGCCUCCAGGUUCGGCCUCGGGGGCGGGGCAGGGGCGGGAGCAGCAGAGAGCGGACGGAGGUACAGGAGGGGCAGCGGGAUUGGGAGGGGAGGGCCAGGGAGUGAGAGAGGCAGCAGGGGAUGGAGCAGGGGGGUCGGGAGGUUUGGGGGAGGGUAGGGAGGGGGAGGGGAGAGGACAGGUGGAUGGAGGAGAGGAGAGGGGGAGAGAGACGAUCGGAGAGGGGGCACCAAGGGACCAGACAGGGCAGCAGCCAGCGCAACAGCAGGGACCAGUCGGACGCACAGGCCGUGUAGGCACCGCCUCCCGCAUUCCAGACCUCACCUGCCGCGACGUUGGCCAGGGUCUGAUGGUUCUUGUGGAUGUCUCCAUAGCGGAUCCACAGCGGGAGGGGAACGUGCAGCUGAGACGGGCGACCCCCACACAGAUUGGAGUGGCAGCAGCUAGGCGGGUGCAGGAGAAGCUGCGUCACUGGGGGCCGCACUUAGAGGGGCUGCAGCCGGCACCACACUUUUACGCGUGCGUGGCGGAGACCUUUGGCCUUCUGAGUGAGCCGCUGCGUCAGUUUCUGGGGCUCUGCGCAAAGAGGAUAGCACAGCGGAGGAGGGAUAGAGGUGGGGGGGAUGACGGAUCGGCACGGAUAUUUGAGGCAGGACUCACUACACGCCUCUCCGUUGCACUGCAGCGCGCGCAGGCUCAAUGCAUGAUCCAGCAUGCGGUGCGGCAGUUAGGGAGGUCCGACGACGGGUGGAUGCCCGCACCAGUCCCACUGGGUGCGGGGCAGGGAACUUGGCACCACGUCACAGGGUGCUUCGAGAGUUCACACCCCCUGCCCCCUCAUGCCAUCCGCUCCCCCCGCCCCUACCCUCCGCGUGCCCGCUCCCUUGCCGCCUCUUUUGACCCUCCCUGCCCCCCUCGCCGUUUCCCACCGCCCGCCAUUCGCUCCUCCCCGCCCGUGCGCUCCCCUCGUUUACCUUCUCCUCCCCCCUCCCCUCCUCUGCUGCACGCCUCUUCCUUCCCCUCGCCGACCCACUCCACUCCCUGCCCCUCCUCAAUCCGCACCCUGCCCCUCGUAUCUCGCCCCCCUAUGCUUGGUUUCUCCCCUCCCUGCCCCUCGCCGCCUUUCUCCGCCCCCCACCUCCCCCCUCUCCCUGCCCCCCCACUCUCCCACCCUUGCCCUUGGCUUCCUACCUCCCUGCCCCACCUUUCCCCCCUCUGUGUGCUCAGCUUCUCCCCUCCCUGCCCCUCCCUCCUCCCCGCCCUGCCCCUCGUUUUCCGCCCCCCCACGCCCGGUUUCUCCCCUCCCCGCGCCUCCCUUUCUUUCUCCGUGCCUCUCCUCUGCUCCCUCCCUGCCCCCGCCUGCCCAUGCCCCUGUCUCUGGCUUCUCCCCUCCCUGCCCCACGUUUCUUCCCUCCCUGCCCACCCCCUCUGCCCCUCCCUUGUUUUCCCCUCACCCAUUGCUUCUCCCCUCCCUGCCCUUGAUUUCCCGCACCCCUGCCCUUGUUUUCCUACCAUCCAUGCCCCUCGUUUCCCCCCCUUUGUACGUUCAGCCUCUUCCCUCCCUGCCCCUCCCUUCCUCCCCCCCUGCCCUUUGCUCUCCCCUCGUUACGCUCCCUUCUCCCCAUCUCUGCUGCCCUCUUACCACCAUCAGCCCAUCCCCACCACCAGCCCCCCUCCCACCCUUCUCUCCCCCCCUCCCUUUCCCUCUCUCUCUUUCUCACACACACACACGCACACUCCCCUCCCCCACCCCCCACCCACAUCCUCCCAUUCUGCCCCUCCCUGCCCCUUUCCCACCCCCUCGCACGCCCCUCACCUCCCACCUCCGUGCAACUGCUGGCCCAGCCCCUGCCCGUUGCUGCCCCUCCCCUUGCCCCCUCAACUCCCCUGCCCCCCGUACACCCCAGUCCCAUCCAACCGCCCCCACCCUCCCCCGGCUGCCCGUUUCCGCUCUCCACCCCCGCGACCGUGCGCGGCUUCCAACCGCCCAACGGUGGUGCGCACGGGGCGUUUCUUCGCACGGGCAAGCCUCCCCGGGGGCCCCCCACCCCGCUGGGUCGUUGUUCGGGCAAAGAAACGAAAAUAA